AGUUUGUGUUUUGCUGCUGUCUCCAGGCUCUGCUCUCCAGGCGCCUCCCCCUUCUCCUCCUCCUCCAAACAUGGCGCUGACCCGCAGCUUUGCUGCUUCCCCGACAGACGACGUAGAGAGGGACAGACGAAGGAGAAGAAGAAGCGCGAAGAAACUCACCUUAAAUGUGUUUUAACAAUCUUUUGAAACGAACGCAGCUUAACGCCCUGUCAGACUAACACCGGAGACUUUUCGCGCUGUUUUCGGAAACGUGGACGCGUCAGGCAGUGCGCGUACCGGAGAGCCCACCUGUUUGACGAAGGUAGAUUCCACUCCGUGUCUCCUAGGAUGUGAAUCUCCCUGAUUAGUGUGAAGUAACGGAUCAGUCUGAGUCUGAAGGGUAACUCGGGGUCAGGGCUGGCUCUGAUAAAAACAUGUGCAGCCCUUUGAUGAGCAGAAACUCAGAGGCUGAGGAAGACUGAAGCUUUCCAAGGAAAAAACAACUUUUUCCACUCUUCCACGCCGAGAGGAUGGAUGGAGAACAUUUUGCGCUGUCAGGAGUUGAGAGGGAAAGAGCGAAGCUUCCACCAAUUUUCAACAGCUCCCCUCCUACUGUAAGAAAACUAUUUUUGUUCUCACCUUUUCUCUUUUUUCCUCAUUUUGGUGCAGAAAUUUUUAUUUAAUAUCAAGUCAGGGCAAAAGUGAGGGAGUUAUAAGUCAUUAAUCAAUUUGUCCCUUUUUAUUUCAAUUGAAACUACAGUAUAUUGUAUUUAGAGUCAUGAUAUAAUAAAAACAGAACCAGUGUUACUAAAUACAGCUGUAGACUCCAAGUUGAGUUUAUUUAGGGCAUUAUUUAUUGAAGGUGGGAUCAUUUGCAAGAAUAGAGAAUGAUGCAACAGGCAAAUGUGUGAGGAUCAUUUAAUAUAUAUGUAUAUAUAUACAUAUAUAUAUAUAUAUAUAUAUGUACUGUAUGUAUGUAUGUAUAUAUAUAUAUAUAUAUAUAGAGCCUUGGAGACAGUAAUUCCUCUAAACACAAUACAGUUUUUAGAAUAUACUAUUACACAGAAUAAGGGCAAUUUAUUUCAUUGUUAAAUUUCAUCACAUCGUGUUGUGCAGUAACCUAGACUGUGAACCCUAAAAAUGUCCUUAUGCAUGUAAUGAUAUAAAGUACAUUUCUGCAUGUCUCACUCUGAAUUUACAUCAUUUAGUUUUGCACAUUGUACGAUGACAAACUUCAUCCUGAAACAUCAAAGAGCCUCACACAGCAUCUUGUGUUGAAAUUAUCACGCAAAUGUUGUUCUUUAUAUUAAGGAGUUUGUGGUGUCAGCUAUGGCUUGCAGCAAGAUUUGGAGGGAAGAUGCAAAAAAAAAAAAACUGACAUUGAAAACAAAAAAGCACAACAUACGCGGCAGUCACUUACACUGACUUUGCAUACAGUGCACAUAAAGUGACAGCACUUGUAGAAAACCAUGAUUUUCUGCAUUUGGAAAAAGUGAUGCCCCUGUCUUACAUAAUGAGCCCUGACAUCAGCUCUGCAGCGGCGUCUGAUGUAAUCGUCGUGUUUUUGAAUGCAUAGCAGGGAGCUGAGUGUUGCACUGCUGGAUUUUUAUUGCUGGCUUUUAAGUUUCAUUUCUUGGGUGUCACUUUUUGAGCAGACUGGUAGGGUUGCAGCCUGGUCGGUUGAUGUCAUCCCCAUUGUGUCAGGGAGCAGGAAUGUGCAGAUCAGAUGGUUUUAACCAAUAAACGGUCUGUCAUUGCUCAGACCCACUCUGGAUGUGUCUGGAAAUGCCAUAAAGUGGCUGCAUACGUUCUCUCAGUCAGACAGAUUCUGUGAUCUCUCAUCAGAAGUCCUCCAGCCCCUCGAGCCUGCAUCUGAGGAAAUUCAGGCUCAAAGGUUGGAUAAAAAAGGGCUUGGAUUCAGCAGGCUGUCAUUGUAGCGCAGACCAAUAAAAACAGAAGAAUUGAAGACAGCUGGUGCUCACCGAAGAGGGAAGUUUGUUUUUACCUGAACAGAGCUGCUGUUUGUGGAGGAUGCCUCAGGGCUUCCAGAAACUCAAUUUGCUCAAUAAGAUUUUCUGCAGACCUCCGAGAAAUGGACCAAAAAGAUGUUCAAGUUAUUGAAGAUUCAUCUGAAAGAAAGAACUUACAUUAAAAAAGUGAUUAAUACUGCGAUUUUAGAUGCUGAUUUAAAUCUCCCAAUAUAACCUAGAGCUCAACAUUUGAUGUCAACAGGUGUCUGAUGACGGUGUUAGCCUGACAUCUGAGCUGUAGGAACAUGAAUCCUGAAUUACAGAUGUGAAUAGCACCAAAGUGGAGUGGUCGUCACUUCUUUAACUAUCUGCUCCAUUUCAAAGUCCAAUCCAUAAAGCAUCUCACAAUAAUGCUAUUUAAGAGAAAAAAAUGCCUCUAAAGUUUUGUAACUUUACAAAGUUUGCUUUUGUUUUAUGUCUGGUUGCAGAGACUAGCCGUCAACAUCCCCUCUCUCUGCUGCACAAAGCCGUGCUACGCGCUCUCAUCCCCAAAAGCUCAGAUUUCUUCACGUAUAGCUGACUGCUCGUCUUCCAACAUCGGUACAUUAGUGGUUAGUGCUUCACACAGACUUGCUCAUCAACUACUGCUCAGUUUGAUGUUUUAUAAAGAACUACAGAAGAUAAAACUUAAGCCGAAAUGUUUAAGUUUGGGGAAUAUGAAGCGAGUUAAGUUUUGUUUGCGGUGUAAAAAUCACCAGAAUUGAAUUGAUUCGAGAAGAUAGCCGUAAAGUUUUCUUACUGUUCACAAAAGCUGAAUAAAUACCGCCAGCAAUGAUUGAUGUGAACACGCAGUCUCACAAAAUGUUCAAAAUCUGAUUAUAGAUUAACAGCUGAAAGGAGAGCCGAUGUGUGUAUGUGAGCGAGAGAAAGAGAGAGGGAGAGUGUGUGACAUGGUCCUUAUGAGCUCUUCCCGGUGUGGUUUUUCUCUGGAUGACAGCAUUUCCUCUCAGUCUGAAUGACUGAGCGAAGUUGGACAAAACUGACAUCACAAGACUCACAGAAACAAAAAACUGCAGCAGAAACAGCUAAUUGUUGUCAGAUGUGAAGCGGGACAAAGACACUGCUCAUUGGCUGAAGAAAAACUACCAGAAAUAGAUGUCAAGUGCCUUUUUGACUCUAUAGAAACCAAAAUAAAGCUGAUUUGGAUUUUCUCAUUCUCGGUUACUGUGGUGUCACCGCUCUGAGUUUCCCAGAGAUCACCUGUCAGUUAGCCUUUGAGGGUGGGGCUUUGGCAUCCGUAAUGAAAGAGUGAGGAGCUGGUAUAGGGAGUGAUGUGGCUGCUCUGUGGCUUCACCGAGAAAGGAGUGUAAUCAUGCUCACACAAGUUAAAGGUGCAGGGAUGAAGCAAACAAACAUUACACAAAUGUGGGUCUCCAGCCAUGCUAGCAGGACUGAGUCAGCGUUUUUUUUGGUAGAGUGGUGCUUGGAGCUCCGUCCUUGAAAUCUUUGACUGGAUCAUAGUCAGUAUAUCUAAAACUUGAGCUAAGAAGCCAUUAAAACCAAAGAGAGCUUAAAUUGAUCCAAAUCUUAUCAGCUUGGGAUCAUAAAUAAGCAUAAAAUUCUGCUCUGGUGAUGACCCUAGAUUGAAAAAAAAGACUUAGCACUCGGGCUGCAAUCAACCAAACCCUGAAGGCAAGUUGAAACACUCAAAAUAAAAACAAAUAUUCAGCAAACCACGGGACGUUCAUUAACGUGGGCGCUCUUCAAUCUUCCUGUCUCCAGCCGGUCUCCAGUGGGUUGUGCAAAUCCAAAAGGGUGAAAGCAAGGGGGAUGUUCUGUGACAGGCUGUUACCUGUGAAACGGGGAUGCUCUGAAAACACCCCCGUUAGCACUUAGUAUGUUCCUCCUGAUGAAAUUAACCAUAGACUGUAAAUUGAUGCGGAAAAAAUUGAGUUGACUUAGCACGCAUCGACCAUAAAGACUCCAACAACAGGCAACUGGACUGUGUAGAGUUGAGAUGACGUUUGGCCUCUUAUCCAAGAAGCUUCUUCAGUUCUAAAGUUCGUUAUUUGUCCCCUUUCUUCAGUAAGAUGAAUAUCUGCUCCUCACACUAGCAAUAAUUAGAACUGAAGAAGCUUCUUGGAUAAGAGGCGAAACGUCUUCUCAACUCUACACAGUCCAAUUACCUGUUUUUGGAGUCUUCAAGAAAACCAUGACCUGGAUGAAUGAGAAUCUACAUGGACACGUAUUGACCAAUAAGUCGACCAGUCGACUAGGACUUUAUAGCCCUAUGUUAGCACAGUAUUGUGUAGUUUUUUCAGUUUUUCAGCACUGUUGGUUCCAGAUGGUACUUGUCUUUCAAAAAUGUACCCACUGAUUUCUAGAAAUGCUGAAAAAGACUAAACGUGGUGGUCAGCGUUUUUGUAAAACAGGUUUUUAAUGAACUUUAGGGACUGGCAGAGAGGAAAUGGUGAGGCAGGUGUUUGCCAUCCUGACUAACAGCUCCAGUGAGCCCACCUUUAACUUCGCCUUAGUUAGCAUGAUUCAUCCCCACAUAAAACAUAUGGAGAUGAAAUCAUGCAUUAUUUUGCUCCAGGCUGCGAACAUGAUGAGAUCUAUAUUCAAACAUUGAUCUUUCAAACAUGGGGUUUCCUUGGCUUUUGUCUGCCAUGUUUUGUACACGUAAGCCUUGGUGUCACUCAGUGAGCCACUUGUCACUCGCCACUUGUGGAUGAGUCAUCCUGUUACGAGGUCAAUCUGAUUGGUUGCAGGAACAGAGCAAUCACAGUAUAUGGUGAGAGCAACAGAAGCCAGGAUAGGAAGUGAAUUAGUUCUCUCUGGACAAUUGUCAAACCACCAGGUAAAUCAAUUUAAUCACUGUAAUUUUCCAUUUUCUAUCAGACUUUUCUUACAGUAGGACAAGUUUUCUAAGUAAUCCAGUUGAGGUUGUUUUAAAAAUGGUCGGCAUUGUGUUGUUGUAAUCCUUUUGCUUUCAGUUCUUCGUGUGGAGAUCUCUAACUACUGGCAUUGUCUGGUGAGAAUUUUGAUUUUAGUUUUUUUUACUUCAUAUGCAGAAGCAGAUUGUUUUAUUUAUUUUAAUAUCAUACAAUUCAGUGAUGUUCUGGUGCAACUUAUUGGCCAAAACACAAAAUUAAAGGAAGCACAUAGUUCCUAUGUAGCCCUGAGUUUAUGGAUGUGUGUUCAUUAUGACAUUUUCUUUAGAGAUAAUGUUAGACGUAAACUGAACUUUGACGGUUUCACUCUUUGGAAGCUGUAAAUGUAAAAAAAAUAGGGGUGUCCCGAUACAAUUGUUUUAACUUCUGAUACUGAUAUUGUAGCCUUCAGUAUCGGCGGUUACCGAUAUUGGCACAAACUUGUGCAGGACAAGUUUUUCACUCAGCUGCGAUGUCUUUUUUGGACUUUAAUGAAAAAAUACUGCCACACAGCUGACAUCACUGUUGAUCACAUGGGCUCUGCAUGCUGGAUCCGAGCACUACUAGAUAGAGGUGCCGGAGUGGAGUCUGGAAUGGACUGCUUGUAUCGGGGUGUUGAUAUCGGAGAUUUAAGAUGCAGGCCAAUAUAAUCCGAUAUUUGAUUUUUGGCUGAUAUUGGACGGAUAUCCGAUAUCAAUAUCUUAUCGGGAUAGCCCUAUUUUAUAUUGUGUUUACCACAUGGUUCUAUGAUUUAUAUUGUAAUUCCAGUCAGCUGACGGACUAACUGUUUUGGAUCACAACCCUAACUCCAGUUUUCUGUCAAGUUUAAAUCGUAUUACAACGAUUUCACAUGAUCGAUAGCUCAGGAGUGAAGCUGCGUUGACAGAAACAGAUGAGGUCUUCUUGUGGACUUGAUAUGAAUUUCCUGUUGAUGUCUCACAUUUUCAUCCCUCUGAAUUCAGUGGAUCUGUCUUACGUUGUUGUAAUGCAAUCACUCGGCUUUGUGCACGGCUCAGUCAGAGCUCGAACUGUUUGAUCUGCUCUGAAUGAAUCUGGUUACCACUCAUGCAAAGUGGAUGCGUGUGUGAUGUGUUUACACUCCUUUGAAAAUGAACAGGAUUUUGUUGCAUCAGAGAAAACCUGUUGUUGGUUUUAUGUUUGAUGUUAAUGUGCAAUCCAAGAGAAAGUGACAGAGGGAUGUGCUGACAGACGUGUGCUGUCUUUAUCUUCAUUAGCCAGAUCUCCCUUUAAGUGAGGCCUGUAAUUGCAUUGCUGCUGGAGUUUGUUGUAUAAGUGUGUGUGUAUGUGUGUAUUUGCUGUCAGGAACGGCUGCUGUGCAUCUGUUGAUCUUUCCACCUCCACUUCUUCUCCUGCCUCACUUGAAUUUCCUCCAUCGCUUCCCCUCACUUUCAAAUAUCCUUCUGGUCCAUCUGCCUGUCUUGUUUUACAGUUCCCCCCCUCUUUGUCACACUUUAUUUCCUUUCUUGUCCCUCUCUCGUUCCUCUUUUCCUGCUUUCUCUCCAUUAUUCACCUUCUUAUGUUCCUUUUCUGGUCACUUCUCUUAUCCUUUUUCCAUUCCUAUCUUCCUCUUUUCCCCUGCUAAUCUCUUAUCCUCUCUUUCUUUCAGUCCACAUCCCUUUUUUCCGACCUCACCUAACCUCAUCUCCUCUUUUUCUUUUGUCCUGUUUCUAUUCCCUGCCCCCAUGUUUGAAUCCCCUCUUCUCCUCCAUCUCUUCAGGUCCUUCACUUGCACUUGUAGCUCUUGUGCUGCUUGCAGGGGCUUUGUGUCAGUGAGUGAAUAUUUAAUCUGUUCGGUUCAGUUUUGGUUUGAUACUUAAUUUAUUAUUCUGUCUUAAAGUCUGGAUGAUGUAUGAAGUUUUCCAAUUUGGUUAGAGACCUCAACAUGUGCCAGUUUAAUACAUCACUUAUAGAUGCGUAUAAUCUGGACAUAAGGCAUGAUAAGGCUUUAAAGUCUGCAGGUCAGUGCUCUUCUCCACAUGCCUAAGUAGUGUCGGUUGAAAAAACCUCCCAUCCUGCUGACUUUUGACAGUUAAAUGUGUAAUUUCUUAGUAGCCCCUUGCACUCCUUGCAGACAUUAAAAAAUGACAACAUUUGAAUUGCCAAUCUGGUUCCUGAUGGCCUUGUUUGCUGUUGAAUAACAUGAAAAGGCAUCAACAUGAAUUCCAGUCUAUUUAAGAAAUGUCAAAAACAUACAGGAGCUUUAAUCUUGACUUUAACCUCUUUUUUUCCCUCUAUGAGAGGUUUAGUGUCUUUUUUUUUCCUCUGAGUUUCUUCAACUCACAUGACAGAGCUGAAAUGCUUUUUCUCUUCUCUUUGUGCUGAUGAUGUUACCUCUCUGCAUUAGGGUUUUGGACGAGGGGCGAAGCAGCCGUUUCCAUCUCUGGGCACCUUUAUCAACACAUUGAGCCAGAGAAGGGAUACGGUGGGCCGCAACAUGACGGGGACCCUGACCAGCACCCAGUGGCUUAAACACGGUGAGUUCAAGUUCAGUGGAAUCCAUCCUGUGGGUUAGCAUUUUUAUGAUGGGUGAGCUUGAUUGAAUUUUUUUUCUCUAUAACCCCGUUUUGCAUGACUCCUGAAUGCACAAAGUCCAUAAUCCACAUGGCUCCUGAAUUUACCUCCACAUAAAUCAUCUCAAAGCAAAUGUUUCCAGUAAAGCUUCUUGUUUUCAGUGUGGUGCGUUCACUGUCUCACGGUCUUAGUUCUCCGAGACACUGCGGUCUGCAUCUCUGUCUGGGAUGUAAUGAUGUGUUACUUCCUCUGUUUACACUACGCUCGAUGUAUGUACUCAGACUCUGUUUAUGUUGAGCUGUUAGCAACGACUGUGGAGCAGCAACUCACGUCUCCACAGAGGAGGGUUUUCAGAGAAGAGGGAAGAUAGUCCCGUAGUUUCAGGGACUCUUCAGAUCACAGGUGGUGCCAUAAUAUAUAUGAAGUUUAUUUGAAACAAGAGCUUAAAAUGAAAAAGUAAAAAAAUUACCUGAAUGUUCCAAUAAAAACGUAAACUAGCUUAUAUUUUAUUAAAUACAUAAUCAUUCAGGUCUACGGGGGAAAAAGCAGUUUCUAAAUAGAGAUGUGUUAAAGAUCAUAAUCCUGUGUCAGUUUUUGAAGCUGAUGCAAUAGUUUCUCCUUCUCAACAUUAAAGAGGAUGUUGCUUCCUGUAAAAAAAAAAAAAAGUUAUUUCUGACUGCCGUGAGAACACAGACCCGGCAUACUCACCAGCCUGCUUUGUCACCACGGCUACUGAUGCCAGAAUAAUUAUGCAAACCUCCGCCCCAAAUGAAAACCAUAUGAAAGCGAAAACACACACAGAAGAUAGCGUAACAUUCCUCUGGACCAUUACAGUCGCCCCGGCCCGCUGGAUAAUCACCACAAUUUGCUUUUUCAUCUGUUAAGUAUUACAUGGGGUGUGUAUUUCCUUUUAAUAUUGUCAAAUAUGGUUUUGUGUGCAGAGCUGAGGGAGGACCCAUCAGAGGUUUAUUCCAGGACCUCAAAACAAUGACACCUUUUCUGAAAACACUGGUAUUUAAGGCCUGGCUUGUUUGGAAAAAAAUAUUCAAAACUUAAUGGAUUGCAGUUGGGAUACAGGAGGUUGUGCAGUUGUGUGUCAAGCUGCUCAUUACACAAGGUGCUUCGCUGUAAUCAGUGAGUUUAAGGUGACAUAACACACAUCUCGUUAUGAUUAUUUACCGAGCAGCUGUUCAGCUUUUUGUAAAAGUACGAUGAGCAUGUGCUAGUUAAUCCAUUAUAGAUGGCGAUCCUAAUGAAUAUAUAAUUAAAAAAAAAAAAAACGUGUGGAUAGUCAGUAAACAAAGACCAUCCAUCCAUCUGACCUCAACAGGAACAAUGACAUGAAUGAACAGAGGAGUACUUGAUGACACUUGAGGGGAUAGUCCUCUCACCACUUGUCAAAAACAAAACCCAGAGGCUUUGUCGUGACAGACCUACACAGAAAGCAAGAAGCGAUGAGGGACGAGGAUGUACUUGGAGGUCUUGAAGGUGACUCUUUUGAUUAACGGGUGUCAUGACGACCUAAGUUUGUUGUUGUUGUCAGGACUAAAUUGGGUGACGCACAAGCUGACAAAGCAGUGGUAAUUGGGCACAGUGAUGGAAGGGUGAGGGUAAAGAGCGGGUUCUUCCCUUUACAUCAUCAGCCUCCCAUCUGCUUUUAUUGACUAAAUAACUAAUUAAUGCAGUUAACUGAUUGGUUGCUAUGAAACAUCCUCGAUAGUUAUGGUCCCCAGAGGAUGAGUCAUAUAGUCUCGGAUGAUUCUCUAACUCCUGUUGUUGCAUCAAUGUUGUUGACAUUCAUGGUUCGAUUUGAGGAUGAAUCCUGUUUUGAGAACAGAAAAAAUGUAAUAGUCAUAAGUAUGGACUUCUUUUCAAGACUACUGUGUUGGAUCAAUACCAUUAUUGAAGGACUAUAUUGGAACAAAAUGACAUUUGCACAUUAACCCCUAUUUUUAACAUCUGCUUUUAUAAAACUCAAACUUUAUUUAUAGAGCACAUUUAAAACAACUGGGGUUGACCAAAGUGCUGUACAGAUUAAAAGCAGCAGGGAUUAUAAAAGUGCAAUUACAAUAAAUAAAAUGACAUAAAACACAAUGCUAUAAAAUGGAAUUUAAAAAAUAGAAAUAAAAAAAAGAUUAUCUUAGUCUGAUUUAUGAAACUUGUCUGUAAAUAGUACAAAAAAUGAAACUUUCUAACAGCAUUUUGCUCUAAAAAGAAGAAACAUUUUGAUUCCUGUAAAACUCUACUUACAUGGUAAUUUAUGCCUGUGUCACCCCUGUAUUGAAGUCCCUUUUAUCUCCUGCUUGUCCGUGCCAACAGAAUGAGCCCCCACAAUGCACCUGGACUGACCCGCUGGUAACCAUUGUUACUGUGGAAACAGAUACAAAAGCAGGCUAAUUAUAACCAAAAUUUAUGGAUGGUCAGAAGUGUGGGAGGAUAGGUGAACAUGUGUAUCUGUGUGAUUGAAGUGCAGGGCUGUCAGUUGUGUUUGUUAGUCAUCUCUUUCUGUCUCUCAGUCUGUCUCUCUACUCUCUCCUUUAUUCUUUUUAUUUUCUCAUUGAAUAUUCCCGGAAAAAUAUUAAAAUCUCUGUCAUUUUGUUUACUGUUGUUAUUCAUUGCUUCUUUGGGCUUUGGUUGAAAUCCUCCUCUAUUAAAUUCACAUGAAACAAAAGAUUGAUUCAUCCUCUAAAACCCAGUGAGAGUGAAACCCUUUAGUGCUUGAAGGAUGAAAAAUGCAUGACUAAAAUGACAGUGGGCAGACAUCAUCUUUCAAAGGGCACUUAAAGAUUUCUAAAUCAUUGCAGUGACUCUCAUGAAUGUUGAAAUGAAGGAUGAUGUUCCAAUUCAGGUUUGAUGCAAACUUUUUUGUGACUCUAGAGAAUCAGGGGGUUGUUGUUUUAUACCCUGUUUUACUUUGAUUUGGAGCCUAAAACGUGAACUAAUUUUAAUGCCAUCACUUCCUUAUUCUUGACAAACAGGCCUGUAGGGAAAAAAAGCUGUUUUACUUCAUCAAAUUAUUUCGGUGGUAAAAAUGGAAAAAACACCAUUGAGAGGUUUUCCAGGAUUAUUUCUUUCUCUUAGCGUUGAGUGUGUUAGUACUUGAGACAUAUUUUCGCAAUGACUUUAGAUUACACUCUGAGAUUUAAUAAACCACAUUGGUCUUUGUUACACUGUAGUUUCUCCUCCUGUUAGAGAGAUCACUGGAUUUUUAUUGUACCUGAAAGUUUCUGCACAAAAGUUAAGUGAAGAAAGGUUAAAAAAAAGGAUUUUAGAAAAAACAAAUGACCAAAGAGUCCUUGAGGAUCCUGUCAAUGCUGCCUGGCCUUGAGCGGAUGUUUCUGUGAUGACACUCCCCCUUCUCGAGCAGGUGCUUCCUCUGUUCUGGUAACAAUGACGAGGAACAUGCAGCUCUGACUGCGCCUCAAAGGGAAAGGACUGACUAUUUUAUAUUUUUCCUCCAGCUGAUAUUCUCAUCCAAAGUUAUUCUAUCACAUAUUAAGGAUAUUGUUUUAUUAUAAGCAUCUACUAAGUUACUGUUUGAGAGCCGUUCUAACUUAGAGCUAAGCUUAGAUUUUCAAGAGGACUGUUUUAUGACAUCUAUUUGAAUAGAUUUGGAUCAUUAAAAAAGAGCAGUUAUUAAAGUCAGAGGGCUCUAUUUUCAUGGCGCAGGUGCGGCGUAAGUCAGGUCCGCCGCGCCGACAAGGCGUAGAGAGGGCAGGGAGUGGGUUUAACACAGCCUAGACCUGUUUUCGCCAAUCAGGACCGCUCCUCUCCUUGCCUUUAAAACUGCCACCGGCGAGGCUUGUACAGUUUUCGUGAAGUAGUCAAAGAAAUCAAGAGAUGUCUAAAGACAGUAAUGCCACACGAUGGCGACUGAAGGCAGCUCCUCAACAAAUGUCGCUGUAAACGCUGCAGGGGGCAUCCUGCACACUGUCUCAUAUAAGUACAGAUGGAUUUAGUGUGUGUAAUGUUGGACUCACUGGUAAGACAAACACCCUUUUCCACAAAUAAAGACACUCACAUAAAGUUGCAUAAAUUCAAACCUCACGUGACAAAGGUGGGUUGAGCGCACAGAUCACAACAUAAAUUCCAAUAAUGGCAUUAAAAUCGGAACCAUCUGUGCGUAAAUGAUGCAUCGCGCUCCGUGGUCUUGCUCUUUCUUUCAUAGAUGUUGGCAUAUGAAAUAAAUUUGACUCACAAAACUGAAUAUUAUAAUAUCCGUAUGUCGGCUUAAAGUAAAUAACUCAUCUGAUCACUGAAACAAAUCAUCUGUUCAGCCGCAGCAGCAGCUGCAGCAGCACGGAAAGAGGACACGGAGACAUGUCCAGGUCGAGCUGCACGAGAAAUAAGAGGAAGAGGAAGAAAGAAAAGGAGGGAGACAAAUUACAUAUCUAGUUAACUUCAUCAUGUGUGUUUAUUUACUAGAUAUUUAAUUUAAUGCGGUUUCAGCUGUGUUGAUUCGGUCAGGUUGUGUGUCCAAACAUGUGCCAAACGCGCUCACAGCCACAAACCAAUUUGGCGUUGUGACCAAAGACUGCAUAUACUAUUCACAACUUGGGUCCGCCUUCCCCCAGUAUAUGGAUUUGAAGCCGAAAAUCUCUCAGUAAUUCAGUGUUUUUUCUCCACUCCUGGAAACCAACAUUGUGCAGUUGUGCGGGUGAGCUUGCAAUCUUCGUACGCCCAUAGGUCGUUUCAAGUGUCAAUUGUAGAAAACAUGAACCCCCUAAUAACUUUUAAUAAUUGGAGCUGUACAGAAAAAAAGAGGACUUGAGCACAAACCAGUCCAAAAAUAACAACAUGUCAACAUCGCAACCAAGGGGGACACGUCGUCCAUUUUAUUUACAGUCUAUGGUUGUGACCUCUAAUCUUUGGGAUCUUGUGUUUAGCCAUGUUAAGUAAAUUAUCUAAAUGUUGAGGAAGUUUGUCACUUCUCAUGGUUAUUCUUUGUGUCUCUCACUCAGGACGAGAGCUACCUCCGAUCUGCGAUGUCCGUCAAAAGCAGCGACUCUCCAUCGACACUCUCCCCCCAGAAGUCAAGGCUCCGUUCCCAUGUGACCCCAUCAUCCCCCUGCGUACCAAGACCACCAAGGAGUUUCAGUGAGUUUACAGUCUCUAAACUUGAACCCACAACGGUAAAGGCUUCCCUCACUUCAGAGGAGAAAUCCAUCUGGCCUCUGCUGCCAGAAAAUACUUACAAAAUAGUAUUUAUAGUGUACUCCUGGCCAGGUUUGUCUUUUUUCAUCAUUUUAUGUUUUGUGUGUUGCCAGGGAGGACAUGGAGCAUGCUGUCCAAACAGGUGACUGGAGAGAGGUCCGAGAGUUUUACCUGACCACAUUCGAGUCCUUCAUAGAAAUCAACGCUGCCUUCAAGGUAAAACACACACACACUUUCUGGCUCUCAGAAGAGUGCCUGUUGUGAGGAAAGUCUUUUAGAUGCUGUUAAAAUUUUCCCAGACGCCAUAACCUCUUUACGAUGGGAAAGCUUUUUUUUCUGUGCUGUUUUCCCUUUUUUGUGUUGUUUUCCCUACAUACUAACUUUACUCUUGUCUUCCUUUUCUUCUCUCUAAUUUUCUCUCUCCUUCCUAAUCAAGAGAGAGGCGAACGGAUCAUUUAACACCAUAGAUGACUCAGGAGUCAACGCCAAGUUUGUCAACGCUGUUUACGAUGCACUGCUUAGCACAGUAAGCAUGGGACGACAGUACCACACCUACAGACAAAUACACACACAAGAUAAAUGACCAACAUCAAAGGUGCUCACAUAUUGAUAUUACACAUUUGAGAAUCUAUUGACAUCUAUUAGGUCUGAUAAAUUAUCAUACUAUACAAAAUAAAGGUUUUAACACUUCCUCAUACCAUUUUAUAUCUACAGAAGUUGAAGAAUUGAGCAGGAGCAGGUUUCUCAGGAAGUGUUAAUUUGUAGAAUCAGCUGGUCUGAGUUGUGUUGUGCUGAAUGCAAACAAAUUAACCCUGAACUCUGCAGGAUACUAGUAUCACUUUUUUCAUCUUUGAAUGGAAAGGGUUUUUGUUUUUCCCCUCUGAAUUGGGGAUGUUUGAGGUACCAGUCAGUAAAAAGUGACUCACCCACAGGGGAUUUAAGUUGGAAGGAAAAGAGUUUGUUUCUUCCAGAUAGUUUCUGUGUUGUUGUUGCAGACUUGAGAUCGAUAUCUCAGCCUGUCAGUAGAAAAAACAAACUCUCAUAGUAAACAAAUUUUGAUCGUGAUGAUUUGUAAGAAUUCAUCACUGUAUUCAAAACUUUUAGUAGCUGUUCUACUUUUACAAUGAUUAAAUUGGUUUAAGGUGUCAAAAUGUAGCAAACCCCUUUGGCAUGGCAUGUUUAAAAAAUUGUGAUGAAGAGCACCAGAGAUUUCAAAAUAUGUCAUUUAUCAUGAUAUGACGCUUGUAUACCUUUAUAUACAGUACAUGCUAUAAAACUGAAUAUACUGAGUGUGACUUUAUGAGGUGGCUGGAGAUGCUGAUUAAUGGCGUCCGGUAACACACCAACAAACAAACAAAACAAACAAAAACAAACCUUAAAGCUAUAUUAUUGUUGUGACUGUGUCCUCUUUUUUUGUUCUUUUUGGUCUGAGGAGUGUCUGUUCAACCCUCUGAUUUUUUUCUUUGGUCUUCUUAAUAUCUGAAGCCUCAGGACAUCCAGAAGUCAGUGUUGAAAGGGAUCAUCAACAGCCUGCUGAGGGAGUGGAAAGGGUGAGAAAACUUCAUUUUCAAGUUUGACCGGUUGAAUCUGAGGCAAUUUUUGUAAUUACAUCUGUACUGAGGACACACAAAGAAAAUAUACUUGUGGAAAAGAUUUAUGUUCUGUCUUUGCCGCUAUCACCAACUUGACCUGCUUUGUUAAAAAAAGGUUUGUUUUUUUAAAUGUUUUAUUUGAAUUGUUGUCUGUUUUUAGGCCUCGGACAAAGGAUGACCUACGAGCAUAUUUCAUUCUUGUUCAGGUAGGACUAAAGAACUUUGUGUCACAAUGCUGGUUUUUCAAGGUUCCCUGUUUGAUACGUUAAAUGACAGGCAACCUAAAGCACUCUGCUGAUAUCCAACAAAAGAUGUUUCAGUUAUUAAACAAAAUCAUAUAACACGAUGUGAUUCUGAUACAAUGCAUUACAAUACAAUACAUUAAAAUAUCAUACAUUAUAAUAUAAUGUAUAAUAUAUUAUAUAUAUAAUAUAUAAUACAUUAAAUCAUGGGUGAUUUAAAUUCAGUACAAUAAGAGAUAAUACAGUGUGAACUGGUAUGAUACAAUAUGAUACAACACAAUGUUUUAUGAUACAAUACGUUACAAUGAGAUGCCUUACGACGAGAUGCCUUGCGAUAUUAUUUGAUAGGUUAGGAUACGAUGUAAUACUUUGAUACAAAUAAGUAAAAUAUUAUAUGAUGCAAUGUGACAGACCAUAUAAUAUGAUACAACACAAUGAACAUGCAGUGUGAUACAAUACAGUACCGUACAGAAGUCAGGAAAAGAUACAGCAUGAAAUAUUAUCAUUUGAUAUGAUUCAUUGCACGUUCACCAAAAAAUAUUUUCGUGACUGAAGAGUUGCACAUAUUAAGAUUUAGGGAUGGGAAUAAAUCGUGGCCCUACGAUACAAUAUUAUCACAAAUACUUGGGCCACGAUACGGUAUUAUUGCGAUUUUUAACAUUUUGCAAUACAGUGAGUAUUGCAGUAUAAUAUAUUGAGAUUUAUACAAUUUUUUCAACUGUUUAGCUUACCUUUUAUGUAUUUGUUGUACUAACUUUCCAAGCUCUAAACUACAACAAUAAAAACAAACAAAUGUCAACAUGUCAACCAAGAAGCACGAAACAGUGACGGUCCAAAUGACAUCUUUUGCACUUAUUUGUUAAUGCUCCUCACAACUCAAAACAAACAAACAAACCUGGUAAGUGAGCUCACACAUGCAGGUUGUCAAAAUGAGAGUUGCAAAUAUAAAAUGAGUGCUGUUGUUGAUUUGCAGAUGUGGUUCAUGUGAAUACAUGCUGUGUGUGUCAGCUGGGGAAUGCACACAAGUCAGUUUGUUUCAUGAAGCUGUUACUGAUCCAUAUAUGAUCCUCUUUUAACCCAACACCCUUUUCUCUUCCAUCUUUUUUCUCAAAUCGGUGCACGAGAACUUAAAUCUUCCUCCUUAUACCUCUCUAAGUCUUGUCUGUAUUUUGUCUCCCAUUUCUGUCUUUUCCUCUGUGGGUUUAUUUCUUUGAUCCUAUUUUUGAUCCCUCGCUCUCUCUCUUUUUCUCCCUUGCCUUCAUUUUCAUUCUCCCUCUGUGUCUCAUUCUCUCCAGUCUGAUUUCCAUAUAUGGUUUUGGGAAUUAGAAUCAGAUAAAGACAGGAAUCUGCAGUAGUUCCACUGUGGUUCCACGCUUCAUCAGGACACAUACACACACUCACACUCACACACACACAUACACACAAACACACACACACAUGCACCCAAGCCACAUGUCUGAUUUUGUCCCAUCUGACUUAAAGGACUCGCUUGGUUUUCAAACUCUCUGGAGAACACCACACACACACACACACACACACACACACACACACACACACACACACACACACACACACACACACACACACACACACACAGGCAUACAAUAACACACACAGAUCUGUACUGGGUGAGGUCAUGCUGGAGUUGAGGACUGCUGGUUUCCUGUCUGAUGACGACUCCCUCUCCUUUAUGGGCCCUACAUCAUUCAGCUCCAUCUCUCUCUUUGUCCAUGUGUAUUUAAAUCCUGUGAAAACUGAAAGGACCUCUUUAGGAUGACCUCAUUUUAGUCGUGUGUGAUUAGUUUCAUUACAUCUAAACAACAGUCUGACACACAGAGAACCUCAUGUUCUCUCACACUCGAAAGAGGAUCAUGACAAAAACAACCAUUUCAGUCCAGCUGAGGUUUGUAUUACUGUCUCCUCUGGCAGACCCUCUGCCUGUACUCCUGUAGCUCUAAACAAAAUGAUGAUAUCAUUAUUUAAAAAGCUCAUGACCCUCUCAGCAUCCCAGUUUUUCACUAAAGCAAAUCGAACUGUAUUCUGUAAAAAGUGUGUUUACACUGAAACAUUGUCAUCGCUAAGGAAACUGAACUGAAAACUUUAUCCUUUUGCCUCCUCUUGCCUUUUUAUUUCCGUUCUGUAAACUGUGCUCUUAACAUAUUCAUUAACCAGACAGUAUGAUAAUGAUGUUGCUCAAGUUUAGUCAGACAGAACACAAGUUUUAAGUCUUUCUUAAAAUGUGGUAUAACAUUGAUGUUUCUUCAAAUGUGUGAUUGAAACUGUAGUGCUUAAGUCAAAUGUGUAUUACGUUAUGUGAUAAAAGAAGUUAGAAGUCUUUUUCGUCAUCUUCCUUUGGUAACAAGUAAAAUGUCUAAUGCUGGCCAUUGAUAAAAAUACAACUCUUCCUUUAAGCACAGAAGUGAUAAACAGACUAUCUUGACCAGCCUGACUGUGCUUGUUACAAAAAUGUAAUAUUUUUCCUCUUUUAUCAAUAGUCCACCAUAUCUUGUUGAAGAUGCCGCUCAGCUCUGUCACAUUUUGAUAUUUUGACUAUUUGCAUGUUUGUGUAUCUGCAGAACCCUCAGUACUCCAGCACCAGCACCUAUGUGAUCUAUGCUCACCUGCUGAGGCAGAUCGCAGCUCUGUCUGAGGCAGACCACCACUUCUUGGUCCACUGGCUCAAAAAGUAAGUCUUUACAGAUUUUUAAUCACUUUCUGGGUGAAAACUUUUGAUUUGGGGGCUCUGUGCUGUGGAUAGCGAUUUUCAGGAGUUUCGGCUAUGCCAUCUUGUCUUUGCCAUGGAGUUUAAAGGGAAAUCAUUAUGUAGCAUUAAUUUAUAUGUUAUCAUGGAGAGAGGCAGUACACAGACUCAUAAAUGAAAAUAAUUAAUUGUGAAUAAAUCCAUAGAUUUGAAAAACAAAAAAGGGUCUGGUGGUUCUCAUCAGUGGGAGGCAGCUGUGUCCAGUCAACACUAGUGUACAGUCUUAAAGAUAUUGUUUAACUCUGAUCAGACAAGUGUUCUAAGUGUUCAUGGCACCCUGCCUGGAGAAAAACUCAAUAUCUCCUGAGAACCAUUUUAAAGUAAUUCUUUAUUAUAGAUGUAGGCAUCAUGAAUGAUUUGGAGCCCUCCAAGUUUAAGUUACAGAUUAACAGCCAGAGAGACUCAAGUCUUUAAAGCAGUGUCAGUGGGAUUAAAAAUGAUUCAGUGCUGCAUUUCAGCAUUAAGACUCUUUCUAUGUUCUUCAUGUUUGAUGUUCCUUUUUUUUUUUUUUUUGGAAGACGUAACCAAAGUCCAGACAGUCUUAUUAAAUCUUAAAGCGUAUAAAACUUCACACACGUCCUACAAUUACAAGUGCAGUCCAGCUUCUGUGCGUCUCCCUCCGCCUGAAAAAAGAAGCUCUGAAUAACUCAUCCUGUUUGUGGUAAUGAUUUACAAGCGAGCUGCUUCAAAUUACAAGUUCUGUUUAGUUCUUGAUCCAAAAAGCCAAUUUCUUCAUCCACUGCUGCUAUUUCUUUCUGUCUUUGGUGUGUCUAUUUCUGUGUGUGUAUAUAUUUCAGAGUGUGUGAUGUGCUGUUUGGGCAGUUUUGACUUCGCCAAACUGCUGAUGUUAACCAAUAUUAACUUUGUCUGUGUUUGUGUGUGUGUGCGUGCCUGUGUGUAAGGCUGUCAGCAAGGCGGUUCAGGCUGCUGGUAGAGCGCCUCCUGCAGUUCAUCUCCACCCGUCUGUUUCCUGCAGAACCAGACGAACUUCCUCCUCUGACAAAGUGCUCCUGGUGGGUCCCCUCUGCUACCAAAGUGCUCAGCCUGUUCAGUGAGUACACAUAAACAUGAGCACAGAAACACACACUCAUAUUUGAUUAUAGACAAAUUACUCUUUGAUAAACACUAUUACCUCCUUUGUAUCUCUCCUAAGAUGCAGCCAACAGUGUCUCAUCUCCUCCCAUCAUGCCUUUCACUGACUUCUACAACAUCACUCUGGAGCACAUAGACUUCAUGGAGGAGUACAGGACCUGGCAGAACUACGGCAACUCUAACAGGUCAGGAAUCUGUACAAAUAUCCUUACGUUAAUAUGGACAGCUGCCGCCACCGUCUCCCAUUGUGAGAAGUGAGGCUGAGAUGCUGUCUGGAGGGGCGCUGACAUAUUGCAGAGAUGGAGCCAGUGAGGCAUGUGCAGAAGUGAUGUGGUUGGUGGUGCCAUGGUGAUGAAAUCAUAUCCCUUUCACAAACCAAAAACACACAUUUUACUCACCAAUAAAACAUCAGAGAUUCCUCUGGUCGGUGGGUGCAGCCCACAGCAGAACAGAUUCUGGUGCUAAUGUAAAACAGACACUGGUGGUUAUAUAAAAAAUGUAAUGACUCUUGUGUUUGUUUGUUUGUUUUCUCCCUCUGUUCCUCCUUUACUUUGCUAAUCCAGUCAGGAGCAUAUUUGUUAACAGAGCUGUCAAUUAUGAUGUCAUUUCCCCCCUUUUUAAACAUCAAAUUAGUCAUUUUAACUAAACUAAACAAAUCCAACCUGAAAUAAUGGCAAAAACAUCAUUCAGAAGGACACAUAGCUCCUGUGAGGAACUUUUUGUUUGUGUCAACUUUGGUGCCCCCCGUGGACGAAGUACUCUUAUCUUGUCCUCUUAAUGAUUAAGACCUGUCUCCUGACUAAAAAAAGCUUAUCGUGUCGACUUUUGACAGCCACAUUUAUUGUUGUGAACACCUUAUGAGGAAUUUAUUUUAGAAAAAAAGCAACUUUGCUGUCACUUACCCCCAGAACUGAUUUCAGGCCAGAGACUGUAAAUGGAAUGAACGCCGUCUGCCUCCUCGCUGGUCGAAGCCACACUAAGAACAGCGCCCUCUGUUGACAGGCUGCAGUAUAGGUCAUAAAUCCCACCUCCUCCAGCAAUCCCUAUAGCAAUGGACAAAUUUUAGAAAUUUAUUACACAGAAUAUAAUUUUUUUCCCCCUCCUUGGGAUGUUGACAUGUAGCUACUGUAAGACUGGUUUAUGCUCAAGUCCUCUUUUUUCUGUGCAGCUCCAUUUUUAAAAGUUAUUUGGGGUUCAUGUUUUUUAUGAUUGACACUUGAUACAGCCUAUGGGUGUACAAAGAUUGCGUAGCUCAGCCGGGGGGAUGUGCUGUUUGAGCUGAGUGUCAUCUCUGUGACUCUCAGCAACUCUCCUGCCCAAAGCGUACAAUACAAAUGUGCAAGUGGUCGAGUGCGUACAGCGUUACUGCACAAAGUUAGGGAAGUGGUGAAAAACUCGGAAAUACCGAGAGCUUUUCGGAUUCAAAUCCGUUUACUGGCGGAAGAUAAGACCAAGUCGUCCAUAGUUUAUACAGUCUAUGUUUCAGGCAUUAAAACUUGCAUUAUACCAAUUUUUAAUCUGGCCCUCAAUGAUCUUGUUGCUUUGUGGAUAUCAGGAAAAGGCAACAAUAUACGUUUCAAUCAUUUUCAUAAACAUAAAAAAAUGUUUAAAAAACUCCUAAAAGUAUUAAAAAGCAAAUCUAUUCUGCAGCCAGUCACCACAAGCUAGUUAAUGCUUUCACCAGGUAACCAUUCUAGACACAACGUCAGACUUUAAAGCAUUGUGUGAAAAACAAGGAGAGUCUCCACAUUGUUAAAAUCACUGCAGUGUAUUGAAGAAAAAAGGGGUUAAACACAAAUCCGAACAAUUCACCAAUAAAUCACUUCAACAGUUGAAACGAAGCACAAAAAGUGACUUUUUUCUCACUGCAGGUAAAUGAAUAAUAAUUGUGAGGAUGAUGAUUCCCAGGAAAAGUGCCUCUGCUAACACUAAGGAGCAGAAAUGCUAACAGAUGUGACAACACAUUAGCUCAACCAGCAGGACCUUAGCUCCCUCUGAAGAUGCCUCCGAAUCAGGCUGAAAAUCUCCUCCUGAGCUCAGACGAAGUAACUUUCCCACAGCUGCAGUUUAUCCCCAACCGUGGAAACACGUCUAGAAGCCGUGAAGUCUGUUUCACGCUGCGUCACACUGCGUCACGGCUCGUUAACGUGCAAUAUAGGAAAUGGAUCUACAGUUUACAGUUCAAACGACUGGCUCUUGAAGUUCCUGGCUGGUGAAGUGGGGGAUUCUGCUCAUUUCAGGCUCAGGGGAGGUUGGAUUUCAGAGGCGACUCAUUUGGAUAAAGACUAUAAUUUGAAAAACACUUGGGAGUUGGUCUGCAUGAGGAGGUUUUUGUUCUGUUGGUGUCAAAGAAAUGUUAAUUUGUAAAACAGAAUUGUUUAAAACACUUCUUCAGCUUUGUUUACAUUUUAGAUUUUUCCUUGUUUCGUCUUAGGUUUUCCUUCUGCCAAUUUCCCUUCAUCCUUUCGGCUGUGGUAAAGAAAGCCAUCAUACAGAAAGACUCUGAGCAGCAGAUGAUCAGCCAGGCCCGGGUGAGACGCUCACACAUGUAUAAACAGCAGUAAAACAUCAUCUUAAUGCAGCUCCCACAUUCUGCAGAGUACUCUAUAUGUCAGUGGAGUCUGGAGACUUUAAAUAUACAUGACUUUUUAUUAUACAGAAAAAACAAUCCUUGUAUGGAAACUUAAUGAAAUGUUUGUAAUGCUAAGAAAAUAGUUGGAUCCUGUCAGAGGCAAAGCAGAGCCACUUUAGAGGAUAAACUGUAUGCAUAGAUUUGCAGCUGUCAGCUGAAACUAUUCACUGGAGCAUCUCCAAAUCUUUUUUUUUUUAGCUAUAAGUUAUUAAGACCCCAGAAAUGUUUCAGUUAGGCCCAUUUUUUGUUAAAACGAGUUUCUUAUUUGCCUGCAGUAGUUAUAUCAGAUGGUAUAGCUCUGUUCUGAGAGAAUGAGAGCAGCAGCAAAGACCCCCGGGAACAGAGUAGAGUGGACAUCAGUGACAAAACAUAUGACACUAGUAGAAUUAGACACAGCAUACAUAGGAGGAGAUGGGUGGGGGCUGCCUAUUCCCACAUUUGCCAACUAAAUGUAAGAUAGAGCUGUCAGCUGAUAUGGACUGGUGUUUGGAUCAGCUCUUGGCUAAUCUUGACUAAGUAGCCUGCCUGAACUAACACCACACUCAGUUAAUACUGGUAAAAAGCCCAGUUUUGAUAGAUGUGAGGAACUUUUUUCUCUUCUCAAUGUUUAUGUUAUAAAAGCCAGAAGAACAGUGAAUGAUGACAAAGAAACAGACAAAACUUGAAAAGUAUGAAAUGAAUAUGAAGGCCUAUCUUAUACUGUGUGUCUUACAGCAAAGCCUGGUGAGUAAGGUUUCUCGCAGGCAGAGAGUGGACAUGAACCUCCUGUUCCUCAACAUUAAAGUACGACGAGCACAGCUCCUCAGCGACUCACUGGAUGAGGUCAGUACACAGAAACACACAUUCACACUUUUUUUUUUCUCGGCACAUCUGUUCCUCAUGUUUUUUAACCAAAAUAGUCUUUGUAGCACAAUUAAACAACCAGAUCUUAUUAAAUGGGAAAAAGCUGAAAAAGUCCAAACAUAAGCUUUAACUGUGUUUCUCAAAGCUGGUAGUAACAUGAACAAUGUGUUCAGGUACCAGAGACAUUUGCUUGGGGCUUUGUUUCACUCCUCUAAAAACAUCUUGUUUUUGUCUGAAAACUUUUACCUCAAAGUUACCUCCCAACAAAAAAGUUAGCCUUUUUUUGUGAGUUUAAUACUCGGGGACUGAUGUCGAACAAAAAAAAAAACUGUGUUGAGGUAUGGGGAAAUACGUAUAAAAGCAGUUUACAAAAGAUUUACACUUUACAAAAGAGAGUCAUAAGAAUGAUUAAUCAUGCUGGGUACCUCGCUCAUACAAAUCUUUUGUCCCCAAAAUAGGGUAUUUGAAAAUUCUGGGACCGAAUUCAAUUUAAAACAGGUUUUUGUUUCAAGCCUGAAACAACAAAACAAUUUGUUGCCAAGAAAAUCCAAAUGAUGAUCAUGGUUAGAGAGGGAGCAUACAACUUGAGAAGGAAUUGUAAUUUUAAACAACUAAUCAUCCAUUCAACUCUGAAAAGUAUGUGCAUCUCUUUUUGUACAAUUGUGGAACAAAUUAGAUGAAGACUUAAAAUGUGCAUUAAAUAAAAAGUAUUUUUAAAAGUAACUGCAAAUAAACACUCUUGUUCAGCUAUAAAGAACUGGAUAGCGAAGGUUAUACUCUUUUUUUAAAUAAUUUAUUUAGCUAGUCUGGCAGAUGUCAGGCUUUAAAAAGUUGAUGUAUGAAAAGUUGAUGUAUCUGGCCACAGAUGUUUGAAUGCAUCUUUACAGAAUCAACAACUUACAGCUAUAUCAGUGAGAUCAUGUAAAAAGAGGCUCACUUUAUUAAGCACUAUUCCAGGUCUCAUUGAAAAGGAGAAAAUUUAAAUUUGAUUCAGUAACUUCUUUUCUUUACCAACUUUUUGGUUUACUGGUUCUGUUACAGCUCUCACUAUGAUAUUGAACUUUGGCCAAGAAGCGGGAUGGAGGGGCUUUUGUUUGUAGCCUCAUCAGAGUGUAUAUUUACUCAUUAAAUCUCAUGCUUAUGUGAAGCUCCUGCAGUGCAGGAUUUUAAAAUCUCAAAUGCUCACAAAUGUUUGUGGUGCUAACCCUAAGUUUUAGGUCCAUAUGAGGUUGUGAUGACAAACAAAAAAAGAAAAUUUAAGAUCUGGGAACUUUUGGGAUCUUUGGUAAUUAAAGAACUAUUCAUGUGGGCGGAAUGGGUCUUUAAUCUUCUGCACUUAUGUGUAAACCUCAAACCCUCAGUCGAACCUAAACCUGACUGUAAAUCUGGUUCAGACCCUUAAAUCUAAAGUUUAAGUGAUGUUAAGUGUGGGGUUCAAAAAGCAAAACUCAGCCUGUGAGUCUUUAAAAUGUCCAACAAUGUUUUUCUUCUCUUGGAGUUUAAACAUCUCAUGGCAUUUUUACUCCCAUGCAGGAGAAUUUUGUGAAAAAAAAUGAAGCAGAACAUAAAAAGAGACAAACGUUGUAAAUUAUGUUCUGAUGUUUAAUCUUUUACCUUCUGCAGCUGAUGAGGAAGAGGUGUGACCUGAAAAAGAAGCUCCGGGUGACCUUUGUCGGGGAGGCGGGGCUUGACAUGGGUGGUCUGACGAAGGAGUGGUUCCUGCUGCUGGUGCGACAGAUCUUCCACACUGACUAUGGUGAGACACACAUUUCACUUCAUGAAUCAAGUGUGAGCACAGAAAAUGUCUGCGAGCUUCCAUGAAUAUCCAGGGAGCAGCUGAAAACAUCUGAUAAUACGAAGAUUUCAGACGCCAAAUCCAGCUUAAAGCAAAGUCAGUGGAAAGUGAGGCGAUACUUUAUUGAAAAGGAGCAGAGGGAAAAUCUGAUUUUUAUUGAAUAAAAAUGGAAAGUUGAGUUUUAUUGGUCAGAGGUCUCAGUGGAUGAGGUCUGUGAGUUUUCAGGCGGCUGAAACUGCAGCAGAGAAAGUGUCAGAUGGCUGAGAAAAGUGGUCAGUGUUGGUUUUGGAAGCUCAACAACUAAAUUUCAUUUCAGACCGGAGCAGAUCUUACUACGAUUGUUGUCCUCCAGCAAUCUGUUUCUCCUUAAAGUGUACUCUUCUCCAUGAUUCCCAUUAUCUUGACAGCACAUUGUCUGUUUUGUGUCCUCGCCUGUUUCUCCUCCAUUCUUCAUCUCUCAUCCUUUAUAAAAGAGGCUUUGUCUUCCUUACAGUUUCUUCCAUAACAAAGAGGAAAAAUAUCAACUCAAUUUAUUUCAGAGGCUUAAUAAGAAACAUUUUUAUAUUCUUCACAAAACAGCUGCAGUCAGGCUCAAGCAGUGACUGAUGGUUGUUCUGCUAUAUGCAGAUGUCGGCCCAUCAGCACAUAAUGAGCCAUGCACCGAUGUCAGCAGCCAAUGUUAAAGCAAUGCUGGUGAGCCAGUACACCUCAAUGCUGAUUUGGGCAGAAGAAGUCAUCCUAUGGACAAGCUGUGAUUUGUUUUUGUGUUCAAACAUCAGAGAAAAUGUUGGCACGUCUCUAAGGAAGGUCAGCUACAAGCAGACAUUCAAGAGGUAGAAGCAGUCUAACUGGGUCAGAUCUCAUUUGAAUAACAGAUACAAAGAUGACUAUCAGAGCUGUCUUUAAGCUUGAUUGUUAUUUUAAACAUCAGCACCAUUAUAUUUACUGCAUCUCAUUCAAUUCUAAGGACAAAAGGAUGGACUCUGAAUCAUAUUUCUAUUUAGUAUGUAGUUACUAAAGAAGUAAACAUGCAGCUCAGAGAUGAAAUGGUCAGUUCUGUGAGUAGACUGUGAUCCUAUUGGGAGUUUGAUCCAUUUCUAGUCACUGAAAUCCAAUCAGGCUGUAACAACACGCUUGUGACCUCGUUUAAAGCACUGCUAUUAUUCUGUGCAUUGUUUUCACACAACAUUUCUUAGUUAAGGUAACAUUACAACAGCUAGUUAGUUAGUUAGUUAGUUAGUUAGCUAGUAAGUUGGUUAGUUAAGUUUAUUUUAAUCAACAUAAGUGAUUUCUCCCUCUAAUGAACGCUUGAAAACCUGGUACUCAUCACAAACUGAAAAAUAUUAAGGAACUCAGUAAUUAAGAAAAACAGAAUAAAUGUAAAUAACAUUGACAUGAUUAAUUAUGUGCCAUAAAAGGUGAAAGUUCAAACUAUUCCACCUGUUACAACUAUUCCAUUCUACUUUCACCCACCAUUUAGAUAACCAACAUGCCACAGAAGCAGCCCUUCGCCACUAAGUUGAGUGCAAACACAAAAAUAUUAAAAUAUUUCAUAUUCAAGCGAGUAAAUGCCAUAAAAAGGCAAAGAAACAAACAAACAUACUUGAGUAGUAGGACAAUUUCACUUUAGGUCAGGGAGCUUUCUCACGUUUUUUACCUUUUAGAAAAAUAGGGAAUAUUUCACGGUGAACCUCCUUGUUUCUCAGCAUUAUUUCUUCAGUUCACUGCAGGUUGACAAGUUAAUAACAACCUCUUGAUUGAAGGAAUAAUUAAAUAAUAUGAAAACUAUCAAAUGUGGAUUAUUGAUUUCAAAUAGCAGAAGCUGCAAGCUGUCUUAAAAGUCUCAUUUAAGCUUUGCCAAGAAGUUGUUUUUGUUGCAACGAUGUGGACCCUAACAAAUGUUGCAUCAUUAUUUAAUUCUGAUAUAAAUAACUCAUUUAUUGUAAUUGUGAGCUCUUUGGCAAUCCUAAAAUCAGGCCCAAGAAUUACAGUUUGUUUUAUUUUUCUACACCACGUUGAGUGUUCUCUUCAUGGCAGUGUUUUUUAUCUGGCAGGACUUUGUGACCUAUUUAGUUUUUUCACAAACCUUAAAAGAGUUAUUGAUACCACUGCUGUCAGCAUGUUUCCAGUGCCUCAUAAAAACAGUUAGAAAUCACUGAUUAAAAAACAAGUAAGCAGCUUUAAAGAUGUGAAAUCCCUCUGACCAGGACUUGGUAUAGUUUCGGUGCCAUGAAGACUUUGGUGCUCGAGUAAAGAUCAUUUUAUCACCAUUUGGAAUGAUUUACCAAAGCAGAUCAGGGUGUCUGAAGCUGCCUUUAUUCUUCAAUCGAACAGUGAAGAUGAGUGGGAGUUUUGAGACACAUUUAUGCUCUGCAGAUGUGAAAUAAUUUCCAUGUUGAACUUGAUAUCCUAUUUGUGUGCUUCCAGGACUUCUGCUUUUUUAUGUGUAAGAAAUAUUCCCCCAUCAAAAGCCUUUGCUUACCAUCAAGAGAAAAUAUCCUGCAAAUUUCCCCAUAUAGGUUCAGUCUUAAGUCUUUAUUCUACAGAAUAUUGGAGUUUGAACAAGAGAAAACUGAGUAGGAACCAAGUGAGCGUCUGCCUGUGCAUCUACUACAUUUUUUUCUUGCUAUUCCCCCAUUUUUCUUUCUUUCUCUCUCUUUUUCAGUCUCUGUCUCUUCUCUGGUCAAGUUGUUCUUUCCAUCAUCUUUCCGUCUUUCCGCGGUCGUCUGUGUUUUUGGUGCCAGGGGACGUCAGCCCAAAGCAACACACUCAAUGAAAGCUGUGUUCCCCUCAUUAGCAGCUCAGGGAAAGCCCCGACUUUGCCUCAUACACACACACACACAUAUACUAUGCUGCACACAGGCAGGUGUACACACACACAGGCUCUUUUAUGCAUAAAGUGGUGUCAGUUUCUGGUGUUUGGAGAUGUGAGCGGUCCAGAUGUGUGUCUGGGCCCAGAACAGACUGCUGCUGUUCGUCUUGGUCAGAGUUGGAAAAGCUGCUGCGCUUCUUUAUUCUCCCAAAACUACCUGGUCAUUAUCCUUUUUUUUUAAGUGCUGUGACGCUCACCAAAGACACCACAAGUUAACACACAGACUGGACACUGACAAGAUGUUCAGAAGAGUUGCAGAGAGAAAAUCAACAACCCAUGCUGAGCACGCAGGUUUUUCUGACAGUAAAGAUUUACAGUGAGAGCGCAACAGGCCGUCAUCCAGCGGUGACCCACUUUAUGAAAGCCAUUCACAAUGUAAUAUUAAUCAAUGUAGUAUUCACCAAACGGUGCACCUUUUCUUUUGUGAGUAUUGUUCUGUGAUGAGCGCCAAAAGCAAACACAUGCAACAAGCAAAAAUACAUCCAUUAGCUGCCAGUUCAAAAACCAAAGGACAAAUGCUGCAGGAAGAUGUGCCUUUUGUUUUACCUCACAGCUUCUUUCAAUCAGAUUGUUUUCUGCUAAUAUCCUUCUUCUUGUCACUGUACUUUUUUCUUCAAAGUGUCCAUGUUCAGUCAUUUUGAUAUUAGAAAAAUGGAUCACGUAACUGUAAGAAAGAACUCCUGAAUGGUUGUAAAGAAUCUUCUACUUAUGAGUGGACUCUUCUGCCUCUUUCAAAAAUCGCAGUGCACCUUCAGCUCAGCAUGAAACAGCAGAUAGGCACAGUUUGAGACUAGCUGACUAACAAAGUGAGGAAUUAAGAUGUUUCUCGAAGGGGUGGAGACCAAAAACAGAGCACAAAAGAGGAAUGAAUAUUAGUCUCACAUCCAUUUGGUGGACUUGUGCCUGAAUCCAAAGGAAGAACUACCUCUGUGAAUUUGAUGUGAUGUUAAUUUACCACAUGAAGAUAAUCUUGCAUAUUGGUUACAUGUGGUUAUUCUGCCUGACAGGGAACAAAAAUGUCAUUCUUUAACUUUCCUAUUUGUUCUCCUCUUCCCAAUUUCACUAAGUACUAGGCUGAUAUUCUAGUAUUUUUCAUCAUCAGUAUUUCAGCAGAAGCAAAUAUACUUCAACGAGCAAGAAGUUAAAUUUUGAGCAUCUGAACUGAGGUCUUUUACCCAAGAAAGACAGGCAGACAAUUGGAGCCAGAUAACUUAAUGUAGAUUUGAAGUCAUCUGUGGAUGAUUUUGAAUAAAUGAUUGGAUUAAAUAUUUCACUGGACUUGGAUGAUGGUGACCCCCUCUGUUUCAGCAGGGGGUGGAGGGAUGGGGGGGCAGACUGUUGGACCCCUAACAGAUUUUACUGUUUGUGUUUUCUUCCAUUUAUUUUGAUCAGGACUGAAGGAUAACUGCAUUUCAAUAUACAUUUUUUUUAUUUUGAUUUAUCUUUUACAUAUUUGUGCAUGAGUAUGUAAUUAUUUUUUGCCGAGCAGCAUCAUCAUCAUCAUGUUAGUCUCAGUUUGGGUCUUAACCAUAGACUGUAUAUAGAAUGGAGACCGUCUGCCUCCUUGCUGGGUGAAGCCACCCUGAGAACAGCACCCUCUGGUGACGGGCUGCAGUAUAGGUCAUAAAUCCUCCAGCAAUCCCGAUAGAGUUGUGGACAAACUUUAGAAAUGUAUUACUCAGAAUAUACAUUUUUCUCCCCCCUGCUUGCAAUGUUGACAUGUAGAUAUUGUAAGACUGGUUUGUACUUGAGCACAAAGACUGGUUUGUGCUCAAGUACUUUUUUUGUGUACAGCUCCAUUUUUAAAAGUUAUUAGGGGGUUCAUGUUUUCUAUGAUUGACACUUGAUACAGCCUAUGGACGCACGAAGAUUGCAUAGCUUACCCAGGGCAUACACUAUUUGAGCAGCGUAUCGUCACAGCGACUCCCGGCGACUCUCCCACCGAAUGCGUAUAAUGCUACUGCGCAAGUGUUGGUUUCAGUAAAUAGAGAAAAACACAGAAAUACCGAGAGCUCUUUAGCUUCAAAUCCGUAUACUGGCAGAAGGCGGAACCAAGUUGUCCAUAGUUUAUACAGUCUAUGGUCAUAACCUGCUAAAAUCACCUGACAGAAGCUUAAAGAAGGAAUAAGCCAAAAAUUCAGAAACACAUUAAAAUGAAUAUAACAAAUACAAAAUGAAACAGGCUAUAAAUGUCUGUUUAUUUCUUAUUUUCCUUUUCCAUUGAUCAAAUUGUCUGUUUUAUCUUCUUUUCUUUUGUGUCUUUUUUCUUCACUGUUGUAUUACUUUUUGAUCAGUUUGAAUCUUGCAAUUUAUAUAUAUAUUUUUUUUCCCUUCAUGUCUAUGCCUGCUUCCCCCUGUCAUUGUGCCUCUGUUUCAUAGGUUCAAUCUUCUUGUUGUUGUUAUUAUUAUUAUUAUUAUUAUUAUUAUUAUUAGUAGUAGUAGUAGUAUUAGUAGUAUUAUUAUUGUUAUCACCAGAGAUACAUUUAACCCUGUAUAUUUCUUCCAGGAAUGUUCACCUAUAUGAAGGACUCGCGCUGCCACUGGUUCAGCAGUUGGAAGUGUGACAACUACUCAGAGUUUCAAUUGGUCGGGACUGUAUCCUUUUCUGAACAAAAACAGGGGCGAGUAAGUGUUUGGGUUUCACAUUAAGUUUAUAGUUUAUUUUUUUGACUUUUCCCAGAGAGAGUGUGAGCACAAGCGCACCAACAUCAUUAUCUUUUAUGUUUGUUUGGUACAAUCACAGCUCAUUCCUGGUUUCACAGCUUUCAAAGCAGCUGUUGGCAAUUAUUUUAUUUUUCUUCUGCAGACAAAACUGUGGUGUUUUACUGACUUUGCUGUGUGAAUGACAUGCAGAUAAGCACAAACACACAGGCACUCCUCACUUGCAGCCCCUUUUCCACCCUUUCUCACACACUACAACACUCCUCUAUUUAAAACCACAGAGGGGAAACAGAUACUAUAAUGUGUGUUUUUAGGCUUCAACUCUGCGCACUGAACAAAUAUAUCUCAAACUAAAAUUGUCUCUUUCCAGCCCAGAAUACAAAAUAAAAGAGACAUUCAUCCAAAACAAGACAGCCUCAGAGGUUUCACAGCCCAGCUCUUACAUAAGAAUCAGGAACAAAAUUUAUAAAGCUCAGCUGAGUAUUGUAAAACACACUAGCAACAACAUGUUUGCAUAAUCAACUCCAUAGACUCUAAAUUUUAAAAGGUGAGGUGUAUUUUCUUCUUUUAAUGUACAUUAUACUUCAUCAUGCUGCAAACAGCCAGAACACUGACUGCAGGGAUAUUUUAUGAAGUUAGCUGCUGCUUUACUGACUUUGGGGACAAGUAUUCUUUGGAGGAUAGAAAUAAUAAAAAUUUAAUCAUGCAGAACCCUUAAAUAACAAAAGCUCCAAACUUAAGUGACAAAUUAAAAACACUGAAUAACAUAAUUCUUCUCUAUAGGGGUGGGACAAAGUAUUACUAAGGCAAUAUGUCAUCAUCCUGACCUGUAGGACACAGUUAUUGACACAGCCGGGCACUUUAAAAAAAAGAUGUGUUUUUCCACACCAAUUCAACGGCUUCAUUAAAUUGCAUUGUAUCGUACUGUAUUGUAUCAUAUGACAUGGCCUCACACCGCUUUAUAUAAUAUGGUACUGUAUUAUAUUCCAUAGCAUUGUAUCUCAUUCCACUGUGUAGCAUCACAGCCUAUUUUAUAGUGUCGCAUCGUAUUGUAUCAUAUAGUAUCAUAUAGCAUCACGUUCACCCCAACUCUUCAAAUUAACAGGCUACAACAUAUUCACAUUGGUGUAGUGGUUAGCACUGUUGCCUCACAGCAAGAAGGCCCUUCUUGCUGUCUGUGUUGGUUUACUCCGGGUACUCCAGUUUCCCCCCCCCACAUCCCUAAAACAUGCAAAAGUGGGUUUAGGUUAAUCGGUCACUUUUGAAAUUGCCCGUAGGUGUGAAUGUGAGUGUGGAUGGUUGUUCGUCUCAAUAUGUCAGCCCUGGGAUGAACUGGCAACUUGUCCAGGCGUGUUUCCUGCCUUCGCUGCAAGGAUAGAUGCUGUUGACCAAUAAGUUAUUUAUUUAAUGGGAAUUUAUGGACUCAUGUUUUUUUUCUAACAUAUGCAGUAUACCUGGUGUAAGCUGUUUAUUUUCCUUCGUUUUAUUCAACAAUAGAGGAUUUCAGCACAUAUGAGUUUACAAGACUCUAGAGAAGAAAACAGACAAAAGGAACAAUAAAACACCAAAGAAAAUGAAAAAAUUCACAACGUCAAAUAAUGAUGAAGCAAAAUUACCUCAAUGUUGCACCUCAAACUUUACAACUCUAAUAAUAGCUACUUUCUGCAGCAAGUCCAGGAGGUUGCACACCUUAGAUUUUUAAUUCCCAUUCGUCCAGUUUGCUUUCAGAAACUUUUAACUCUUACUCUUUGUUAAUGAAGAAUCAACAUCCUUUCCUUGGUCUCAUCUUGUACUUGGCUUGGCAUUUAGCAUUUUGGGGCAGGCUCAUUUUCAGAAACAGGGUUUACCAAGCAGCGUUAGCUUAAAAAAAAACAAAAAAAGCACCUACAGCAGCUGCACAUUUGUUGAAUAUUUGGUGUAGUUUGAGCAGAUAACGGGCCCUAAUUCCUAGAAACAUACUGUCACUCCAACAUAUGUUACUAUAUUUAUUAGAAGUUGCAUGAGUUGGGAAUGAGACAAUGUGGACUGAUGGAUAAAAAAGUCUAACACGCUCCAUACUUUCUGCAAACGCAGUGUCAUUAGUGUUAUUUUUUUUAUCACUCUGAACCAUUUUCAGGUUCUUUCUUCAGCUCCUUCUGAGAAGAGUUAAAUUUUUUGCACAUUUCCACUCUCUUUUACUAAUUCUCACUGCCUCCAAAACUUGAUUUCCCUUUGCACUGCUCACACCCAUAUUCUUGUUUAUGAUUCGGUCAAAACAGUAAGCUCCUGCCUCCACUUUCUCUUGGCCUGAAGCCAUUGGCCGGCUUCUGAAAGUGAUAAAUUUUAAUGUUGUUUUGUUUUAUUGUUACAAAGCAAAAAAAAAAUGUGGUAAACAUCAUGAGCUGCAGUUUUUUUUUAAACAUUUCUGGGAAGCAUUUAUACAUGACUCCAACUUUUUGUCGUUUAGCUCUGCAGAGUAGCUCUGCUGAUGUUCCUGCUGUUUGUCAAAUGUACUGUAUUUCCAGGAAUAUGUGCAUGUAAGAGUGUGUGUUUAUAUACAGUUUCAGUGUGUGAAUGUGUCAGUGUCAGUGUGUGUGUGUAUGUAUGUGUGCGUGUAGCUUUUGUGAACAGAGAACAGGCCAGCGCUUUAUCCUUAGUAGCCAGCUGGGAACUGUCAAAAGGUUAUAUAACCUAAUAGCUGCUUGUUCCUCGCCAGGUUAUUGAGAGUGUGUGUGUGUGUGUGUGUGUGUGUGUGUGUGUGUGUGUGUGUGUGUGUGUGUGUGUGUGUGUGUGUGUGUGUGUGUGUGUGUGUGUGUGUGUGUGUGUGUGUGUGUGUUUUAUGCAGAAAAAGUCAGAUGGAGGGAUCAAGACUGAGAGAAAGAAUAGAUAGAGUGAAGCAGGAAUGGUUGGACAUGUGCAUGUUAAUGAGUGUGCAUGUUAAUGAGAGUGUGUGUGUUUGUGUGUGUGCUUCUGGGUGUUUUGUGCUGGUUUCACGUGUGCCUGUGUUUAAAGCUAAUUUAUCAAUCUCCCUAGUUCCUGUUGAGUCGUCAUGGUCACAUUGCGUAACUAUGGCGAUGGGGAGGCGGUGGUGGAGGGAGCAGAGAAAAUGUGUUACAGAGAGAGAGUGAACGGUAAAUGAGAAACAGACAUGAAGUGAUGCAGCAGGGGUUGUAGGUUAGACAUGAACAGAGCGUAAACACACCUAAACAAAUAGUGAAUCAAAUAUUUAGAGAAGAGAGAGAGAGACAAAGUGGGACACAAGGAGAGAGCGACAGAUGCGGGAAGAUGUGGCUGAUUGAUAUGAUACAAACUACAGCCGUUCAAGACCCAAAGCAGAGCAAUGUGCUGGGGUUAGAAAUAGAUAAAUUACAAACAAUAGUGAUGCUUAAAGGCAUCUCUGCUGCUCAGAGGUUAAAUUAGAAGCUAACAUCUUCAUGCUAACACUUGAAGGUGAACAGUUCUAGCACGCUGAAGUUUAGCAUGCUAGCAAUCGACAGCAUUUGAGAACAACCUUCACUAAUUUUAGAUAAUGUCAUCGUCUUAGACCCUGUAAUGGUCAAGCUUAGCUAAGAAAAGACUGUCCUUCAAACAAAAUAUUUGAUGCUCGUCCUAAAAAUCAGUACGUGUACAUGCACAGUUAAGUCUAGCUGUAGUUGUAGCUCGAUUGGGUGUUUCAACUCUCGCUAUCCUGGUUGAAAAGCACCAGACAGGAACUUCUUUAUUCGCAAAAGUCUGCCCUCUUCUACUACAGUAGACAAUAAGCCUCCUCUUAGCUCCUUACUAUUGGGCUGUCUCCUGGUUUACCAAAACAACUGAAAAAUGUGUUCGCAAGAGAUGAACAGGUUGUAUGUCGACCAAUUAAAAACACAAACAUCUUCACAGCUCAGCACCAUCCAUUCAAAUGAUUUAACAGCUUCUUUAAUGUCCCUCUGUCCUCUUGUGUCGAGGUUUGUCGGUUUUCUAACUUCCCAACAACGUGUUUACUACACACUUACACUAGAGGAAAAUAUGAAUCACCAACCACAUUAUCUUGAUACAUUAGGAAUUGAAUUUAAUUUGAUGAACUAACAAGCUUACAUGAUUUUUUAAAGUGCAGUAUUAGUUCAAGUAAGGCAAUAGUUCAAUAUUUGGAACAACAUGAAAACAUAUGGAUACUGUCCUCGUUUAUGUUGCCUGUCUGUGUGUAUGUGUGUGUGUGUGUGUUUACUGUGUGCAUCUGGUUGAGUCCGUAAUGACCUUAAUAGUUGUGGCCUAAUUGUACACUGUGUGUUUAUUUUCAUGCUGUGCCUGAGAAUGUGUGUUGAACAUUUGCUUGUUUGUCACCUACCUGUAAUAAGUAGUGUUUAGUUUACAGAUGCACACAUGCGUACGCACACACACACACACACACACACACACACACACACACACACACACACACACACACACACACUUACCCCCCACCCCUUAACCCCGCACACAAGCUUAAAAACACAAUUACACCACAUAUGGUCACCAUAUGUGGCAGCUGUGAGUACUGUGUGUAUGUAUUUGUGUGUGUGUGUGUGUGUGUGUGUGUGUGUGUGUGUGUGUGUGUGUGUGUGUGUGUGUGUGUGUGUGUGUGUGUGUGUAUACCCCCAGACUUAUCACUUUGCACUUAACAAACUUUACUACAACAUUAUUUAGGUCCUCUGCAAAUAUAACUCUCAUUGUUAUGGAAACAGCGUAAGUUAAGGAAUUCUUGAAGCCUUUGUUUUGUGCAGAAAAAGCAAGUGAGCUUUAAAAGAUUGUUUCUGUCAUCUUAAAAUCAUGAAACCCAUAAAAUCAACUAUAAAAUUAAUUUGCAAUUGCAAAUCAUGUUCACAGAAACCAACGUUUAUACCAGAGAGUGAUAUUUAUGUAGUAGAAAUCAUGAUAAGAAAAUGUUUUUAAAGACUCUGCAUCAAGAAUGAAUUGAUUUGAUCAGCCUCAGAAGUGAUGAAGUGAGAACUGUCUGUGUCAGAUAGAUGUAACUCAGGAAACACAUCAGUUAGAAAUAACUUCAUGGACAAGAAUAAAAACAGUUUUAGAGACAUUAGGAAGUUAGUUCAUUCACCUAGACAGGGGCACAGUUCAGUUUAACAGGCCUCUCCUAGAGUAAUAUAUAUAUAUAUAUAUAUAUAUAUACUCCUGCCCUGUUUGAUCUGCUGAUAUUCUGAGAUUUUUUGCCGUCUUCACAGUGACGGAAGUUUACAGACAUCUCAAUAAACAGAGCUGGCUUUCCUGUGUGAAAGGUAUUAGUCCUGUCCCAUUUGACAUCACUUUUUUAUUUGCCUAAAACAUGAAGUAAAAGUGCUGUGCUGAGCGUUUGAAGCAUGUAAGCGUUAAAAAUUGAUAUAUUUCUGUUGUAGCUUCAGUUCAACUAACUCUUCUCUAGCUUCCCCAGAACUGUAUAUCCAUGUGUUAUAUUUAUUGUUUAAUCACUGUACUAAUAACAUACUAUUAGUAAAUUAUUUGUUAAGGCUGCAGUGAAUCAGUUAACAAUAGAACUAAGGAAAAUUCAACUUUAUGGCAAAAACAGGUAAAAACUAAGGCUGCACGACAUUGGAAAAAACUAACAUUGCGAUUUUUUUCAACCUGCGAUAUAUAUUGCGAUAUUAAAGAAUAGAGGAACAACUUAUGAACUUAAAAGAUGAGCUGUGAUGAGUGGGGUUUACUCACAUACUUGUCCUUAAGGGACCACUCAGGGUACAGCUGAGCAUAGAGUCUUUGUUCUCAGUCAGCUUCAGUGAAAAAUCUCUUUCUCAUCUGCUGCCAGGAACUUUCACUGUGAAGAGACACAUUCUCAAUGAAACUUUGCUGCAACACCCAAAAAUAAAAUAAUAAAGUCCAUUUAGAAGGGCAGUUUCUGUGCAAGAAAUACACACACUUAGUCAGAGUUUUUAGAUGGGGCAGCAGAUCACUUGUCCUAAAAAGCACUGCCAACUAACCAACUGUAUUUUGUCAGCCAGCAUAAAAGCUGUACAUAAAUCUGAUCAUAAAUAUCUAGCAUUGCCAACAUUUUCUUAAAAUAGCUCUCAGUGUUUGUCCUUUUAAGAAGGGGGGCAAAAACUAUCAGUGCUGAUAAGAAUAUAAAUCAGGAACUAAUUAAAGUCAAAACCUAUCUUUAGAUGUUCUUGAACUCAUACCUGCAUCUGACUGGACUCAGCUUUGUGGUUAUCAAACACUUCAAAAAUGUCCUCCACUCUCAAUGUUUCCAUUUCAAAUAAUCCUGCCUGACCUGAAGCGACCUGUAGGUCAGCAUCUGUCCUCAUAUCAUCAUUGAUGGUUGUCUGACCUGAAGUGACCUGUAGGUCAGCAUCAGUCCUCUUAUAUUCAUUGAUAGCUGGACCAAGAAUUGACACAAUCUCUUCCCACUCCAAGUCUUGGAGGGUUUGGUUGAAAAUCAUCAGUAUCCAUGUCGAAGGCAGUGACCGUUCUUCAGUCUCUGUCUCUGAUUUUUGAGUGGUGUAAAAUUGAUUGCAAUACUGCUACAGAUUAUCUUUGAUCUACUCUCUCUUUUACUAAAGGUACAGUUCGCAAACAGGUCAUCUCACACAGGUGUCUCUGGUUCUAUUCUCAUGUGUUCCAACAGGAUUCCAGUGUGUGUGUGUGUGUGUGUGUGUGUGUGUGUGUGUGUGUGUGUGUGUGUGUGUGUGUGUGUGUGUGUGUGUGUGUGUGUGUGUCUCACCCACUGGACUUCAAAAACGGUUGAUGGCAUGUUCAGUUUGUGAACUUGGCGUCACACCGAUAUCACACACAAAUACAAACAUACUAAGGCUACACAAUGAAGUCAUUUAGUUUACAUUUCGCUCUUUACUCUUUAUACACUCUCAUAAACACAUGCGUAUGCGUAAACACGUACAUGUAUACACAUCGGUUUGCUCUGCGGUCUAUAGUGAAUAAAGUUGUGUUCCAGGCUGCCAGUGUCUGAUAAAAAUCCAACAUUGUUGAUGUCAGCUAUCCCAGUAGUUCAUGUGUAGUUUCAGGUCCGCCAGCUUUAUCUGAUGUUUAAAAACUUGAAAAUUAGAAACAUUUUGCGAGGUUUCCUGUCUGAAAAUCACUCAGUGGUUAGUUCUGACCACUCUUUCUGAUCAGACACAUGGCGUCCCACGUGUAUGAUACAUUUCUGAUGUAAAAGAAAAGAUGAAUAGGGUCUUAUUCUCUGACUGCUGCUUCAUAUUUUCCUGAUCUGCCUUAAAAUCUUCAAGAUAAAAUCAACAUCUGUACAAGAACAGUGGCAGCAUUUUUUUUUUUUGUUUAGCUUAUUUGUUAUUAAUAUCACAGUUAUUAAUCAGAAACGCUCUUGCACAGUUAUUUCAAGUGCAUGAAAUUACACCAAUUUUACACCAACUCAACUUUUAUUGUGUCCUUGAAGGAUCUUUGAUUAUGUGUCUGGUGAUGGUAAACCUGCUUCUCCCAGGAAUAUAAGUUUUAUGUUUGGUAAAUUAAUGGGUAAAUGAAAAAAAUAAAUACAAUCUUGGUGUGGGCUGUAAGUUGAUAUGUAACUGACAAAAGAAAAAAAAAUGAAAUGGCAUUUUGUACCACACUAUUUGAAAAGUUUAAGGUUUAGUCUUCACUCCCCCCGUUUAUUUUUACUUACACAGAGCCUUCACAAAGAGACACUUGAUUUUCAAUAAGCAGAAUAAAACGCUUUACAAAUGAGGUAAAAGUUAAACAAGAUAUAAACUAACAUACUCAUUUAAACCAUUCUUUUUUUUCAAUUGGAAGUACAUGCGAGAGGGCAUAAGAAAUCAUAUGUGGUGUUUUUAACAUUAAGUACAAAACCAAAUGAGUGCCGUCCUGGUUUUGUCAGGUUUAGAGAAGCAUAUAGAAACUCAUCAUGCUAAGGCAAAUGUAUAGACCUGCUGCAAACAUAUACAGUUUAAGGCUUUUCUGUCGGUGUGUAUUUGCUCUGUCAGUAGUGAGUUCCUCCUUGACCUUCUUUGCUAUCAGCUGAUGGGCUUAGCAGUUUACAACAGCAUCGCUCUGGACAUUCACUUCCCCCUCUACUGUUACAGGUAUGCCUCUUUCCAUCUGGUCUACUGUAUGUAUGACAAUAUUUAAUAUUACAUUCACAAAGGAGAUUGUUUCCAUAUCAGAAAUGUUGCUGUUGAUCAAUCUGCAUCACACAUGUCUCUGGUCACCUCUUAUCACGGACUUUAACAGAGCCUUCAUGUCGGCCUCUAUAACAGGAAAAAAAGAAAUAAUGUAUAACAGAAAUCUGUCCAUCUUGUUUUUGAGCAAAAAGAACAUUUUGUAGAGAUGUAAUGUUACAAGUGGGGCUGUUAAAUACUUGACUGUUGUAAUGGCAAUAAAUUGUACAAUUUUAGUAGUGAAUUGUGAUUUCUCACAAUUUUAAUCACAUUUGAAAUUGUGUUGCAUUUCAAAUCAGUUUUAAGUCCAGAUUAACAAUACAAAUGUAUUCUUAAUAGUGUCUCUUUCUUGGUACAGAUAAAUUCAAUGAAAUGUAAUUGGUGAUCCUGUCUUUUAGAGAUAUUAUUCAAAUAUAAGCAUCACCACUAAACUAGAUCUCCAAUCAGUGUAAAUAGGUGUCAUCAGGCUUGCUAGCUGACCUGUACGCUUGGUUGGAAAAGUGGCUCAAACUUCAUGUAUUUCAGUUAAAAUUUAGUUCAGUUUGACACAAAUUACACAUUAGUUUUGACUUGUCCACUUAGUUGUCUAAGUAAAAAGUUCCUUUUAAACUCUAAGUGGUGUCGCCAUCUUCCAUCACAACAGCAGGAAGAGACUUGCAGCCGGGUGAGGGACUAAAUAGCUCAUGCUAAAAAAAUACAAGAUCUUGCAGUUAUUUUGUUCUGUCAGUUCAUUAGAAUUUAAACAGUGACACUCAGGUUUAGUUACAUAUAACUUAAUUCACUUUUUAUUGUUUUUAUGUCCUCCCUUUCAGGAAGCUCCUUACUCCACCAACUGCUCCAUGUGACCAAAAUGCCCUUGUUGGCAUGGCAACUGCCACGCUGGAAGACUUGCAGCAGAUCAUGCCGGUAUGUAUCUCAGCUCCAUCCAAAAUUAAUCAAAACCCCUGAUGAUAUGUGAGAUACCUUUAGUGACAGUGUGAAGAAUAAAAUAAAUAAAAUAUUAUUAAGUUCCUCAUCUGAGUCUUUGGCUCCAAAAACAUAUUUUUCUCUUCUCCAAAACACUUCAGAAACCUGUAGUCCAACUAAUGACAUACUUGUCCUCUUUUCCUUUGUUAGUGUGUCAUUAUUUUAACCUUCCUUACACAGUCUGCUCAUAUUGUUUAAUUUCCUGAGCACAUUUUUAAAUGUGUCAAAUAAUUUAUUACUUUUUAAAAUUCUAUUUACUUGAAGUCCCACUCCGAUUGUUUUUUUUUUUUCCUCACCACUAAAAGGGUUCUCAGUGGUCUUUAAAUUGUGACCAUGACGGUUUUAGCCAAAAUCACGUUACAUUUUUAAGAGUCAGAACUUUUCUGUUUCGCUUCAAAGACUGAAUAAAAAAAAUGUUGAUACCCAAGCCAUAGUGUAUCUUUUGUGUGUGAUGUGAAAUUUCACAAUAUUUAAGUUUAUUGAAAUGCAAAUUGAAAAAAGAUAAAUAAACAAACAAAAAUGCUGAGAAAGUCCUCAUUAGGUUUCAAUAAACUUAAACCCUGCAUUACAGAGCACUGCUUCAUUUCCUUUAAAGCAAAAUGUACCUUCAUACAGUAUAUAUUUGUCUGCAUGGAUACACUGAACUCUCCUGGAUGCACAUGUCUAUAUGUAUUUACAUUUAGAUGCACACACUUUCACCUUUUCAGACCUAUACAUAAUGUGUUUUUUGUACAGUAGUUAUUGCUGUACUUUAUUAAUAUUGUUUAUUUGUUAAGUAAAUAAAACGGGUAUCUAUUGUCCUCUUGUUGAUAUCUUUUACUUAGUUUAUAUCUUGUGUUUUUUCAGUUACACUUUAUGUAAAACUAAAUUUACCUUAAAUGUGUCUAGGGAUUUUUAAGGCUUAAUUCAUGUAUCUAAAUUGGGUCUUAAAGCUGUUUCCUUAGAUAGAAUUAAUACUGGAUACUAUGUCUACUUCGAACAUGCCUGCGUUUAAACUUGCAGCUUUCUAUUCUGCCACUAGAGGGCGUCACAGUCUAAUUUUUGAUCCUCUUUUGCCCACUUCCUGAUUCCUCAGAGCUUUGUCUCCAAGUCUAUAUUUAACUUUGAGUAUCCGCCACAUUGAGGGGAAGUCUAUCACUUAAUAUUGUAUAAGACUUGGACACUAAACUUUUACAUGCUUUUGAUCCUUUUUCACAUGCAAACAUACUUUAAAUGUGUAUUAAUCACCCUGAAAUCUUUUUUGAGUCCAUCCACAGGAAAUAUUUAGCUUUUAUCUUGAAUAUUAACUCCCAACCUUUAUGCGUAUGGUUUUAUGUUUUAUGUUUUUUUUUUUUUUUUUUGUGUAAAUAAGUUAAGAAUUAUGAGUUCAGUGCCCUCAUGGCCUUCCAGGGUUAUUAGGUUGUUCUUUUUAGUGUGUACAUUUAGGUGAAAUUCACAUUGCACAUGUUGAUGUACCCAAAACUAAAAAAAAGAAAAAAAAAGUGUUUCAAUAGCAGAGUGUUCCCAGAUGUGGUACUAAUUCAUCCACUGCGGCUCACUGUCUUUCUGUCUCUCCAGCACACACCCCCUUUUAACAGUAAAGUCUCACAUAUAUAGAUUUUCCACCUCCCUCCAGCCUGCCAAUGUAUACAUCACAGCCGUACAUAAUGUACUCACAUCAUGUACUCUAUAGGUGUCCGAGUGAGUGAACACUUCUUUGUUUAGAUGGAUAUAAUCUCUUUAUGCAGUGAGAUCAAAGUUCGAGGAGAAAAUUUUUUUCAUGAAGGUUUUGCAAAUAUAAUUAAUUUAGAAAUAUGUGAAUGUAUGGCAUAAGCAUGAUGCAUCGAAAAAUAUCUGUGAAAACCCAGAAGUCCCUUUUACAAAUGAGGUCAGUACAAAGACUGAGAUGCCUUUGAGCAGGGCAUUGAUCUCCACUGUCUGCUGCAGGUGACGAUGGAUUCAGCAUACAAAUCAGUGAGAGUUAGCUCUCUUAAAUGUCUUCAAUCUGCACCAGACAAACACAGACAAAUGUAACCGUUCCUCUGUGGUGAGCAGCAGCAACAAGAGAGCAGUCCUGAGAACUGCCUCUGCUCUGUCUCUCAGAGUUACCUGAUCCAUGAGCGGAGUCACAUCCAGACCCUCCUUAACGCGAAGGUCAAAAUUUCUGGUUCUCAAAGCACGUACACAACACACACACGCGCACACACAUACACACAUACUGGGUUGCUAAAAUGGGCCGUGCAGUUACAUAACAGCCGGAUAUCAGAUAUGAGGCCUGCAGCUGGCGUCAGGCUCUGGAAGUCAGGCGACUCCUCUGCCAGAAUAUUAAAACUUUAUUUAGCCAAAAAUCAGUCUCUAUUUCCAUUUGAUUGUUCCAAUCGACCCUAACAAUAACUGAUUUCAAAUAGUUACAUAACCAGAAGGAUUAUCAGAGCCAGGUCCAGCAUUGUUGCAGCAUUGGUCAGAAGACAGAUCGGCACUCAUCCUUGUUUGAUGUGCAAACUGCAGAUCGUGUGACCAAGUGUCUGUUUACGCCUGAUGUGUAAUCGAGAGUGCUCUGGAGGAAAGACUAAAAAUAAUGUGUGCUAAAAUAAAAAUUGUCUGUGUAAGGAAAUUCUUUUUGACAUACUUUGUAAAUUGUUUUUUUAUUUUUCAGAGUCAGAGAGUCUCAAACUGAUUUGAAUCUGGAUGUAAUCUCUGACUGAGUGAGCACUUUUCUUAUCUUGAUUUUUCUGUGUCUGUGUCUGUGAAGGAGCUGGCUCAUGGUUUGGGAGAGCUGCUGAGCUACGAGGGAAACGUAGAGGAGGACUUCUACCUCACCUUCCAGGUAUUGUAAUGCACUUCACCUCCAGGAAGUGAAAUAUGUGUGACUUAUUUAUAAAUUCAAAACAGAGCAAAACCAUUUGUUUUCCUUCCUGACAUUGUUUUUGACUUUUUGGUUUUGCAUUAAAGCGGAAACAAGUGCUUGUGCGUGUAAAGCUAAAAAAGAAAAACAGCUGCAUUUGUUAAAUUUUAUUUGUUUUCUGUGCUUUUAAAAGCCCUCUCUAAAUAGACAGCACACACACUCGCAGACACACUCACAUGCACACCAGAGAUACAGGGACUGAAGUGACUAGGCAGGUCUGAUUUUGCUGACAGAUGGAUGUGACUGCUGUCACUGCUGUGAGAUUUUAAUAAGGCCUGAAGGGAUCUGGAUUUGUUCCAUUGAUGUCAUACAGCUGAUUAAUCAAAUUCCAUUUGGAUAUUAAUAUAAAGUUAGUACAAUAAGGUUCUGACAAUGAUCCGUAGUUUAAUGGAUUGAAAACCACAGUACAUCUUGUUAAGCAUGAAUUCCUAUGUAAUAAAUUCUCAUCCUAUAAAAAAGACAUAAAUCUCACAAAUAAAAAUAAUAGCUGAGUUUAAUAUCUUUUGGAGAUCUUUGUCCACCAAUAUUUUUUUUUCCACUGGCAGCACCCAUUACCUCAAUUUCAGAGUCCCUAGUGUUGUUACCAAAAGUGCUCCAUAGCAGAACUACUCCCCUCAAAAGUGACUGCCAUGUCUGUUUUUAUUGUGUUUGUAAAAAAAAAAAAAAAAAAAACUCCUUGAACUUCCUGUCAUUCUUGUUAACAAAGUUAUUAUCUGGUGUACGAAGAUUGCGUAGCUCACCUUGGGAAUACACUGUUUGAGCCGAGCAUCAUCACAGCGACUCUCCCGCCGAAUGCGUACAAUGCUACUGUGGAAGUGGUGGAGUGCAUACAAAUCUACUGCGCAAUGUUAGUUUCAGUAAGUGGAGAAAAUACGUGGAAAAUACAGAGAGCUUUUUGGCUUCAAAUCUGUAUACUGAUGGAAGGCAGAACCAAGUUGUCCAUAGUUUAUACAGUCUAUGGGAGUUACCAAAUACAGCUGACACUAAGGGUGAUUUUGUGCUCCAGAUGCAGUUCACCGGGAACAUUAACUGUGCUGGUUUUAACGAGCAUAGGUGAUGCUUAAGAAAAAAAGAAAUCAAAGAUGUUAGUGGACACAGGCCCUAUUAUUUUAUUUUAUUUUGUGGUCAUAUACAUGUAUUCAGAAUGUUUUGGAUCCAAAUUUUACUGUGUUAUUGACCAACCUUGCUUGAUACAACAAUAAGCUAUACCUUAUCCAUCACAGUUACAUAAUAUCAGUAAUUUUUUUGGUCAUCUCAAUAUCGUCCUACAUCAAGUUAUUAACAUAAAAAAUGUUAGUUACUUCUAGAAAUGGCAUCAAAAAAAGCAAAAACUUUGAUAUAUGCUUUGGCAGACCAUUUCCAUUUACAGAGUUCUUACUGUUGCUUUAGUAAGUUUCCUUGUGACACGGAUCAGUGAAGAACUUUAGGUAAAGAUUAGUUAAGCAAACAGAUUAUGUAAAGUUGAUUUUUGAAAGUAACAUCGUCUUUUAUCACCGAUGUUUACUUAGCAGAGUGAGAUCUCUGCAAACAAUCUCAGACUUAAGUAAAGCUGUGUGACAGGCCGGUGUACUUCCUGCUUUGAGACACAGCAGACUGAAUUCACAGCAGAGAAGUGUUCAACUUCCUGGAUACUCAUAUUAUCAGACUGGAACAGGAAUGCUGACAAUCUGCUCCAUUUUUCCUGUGAAAACAACAUUUCCUCCCUGAAGGUUAACAAUUGAGAUUAUCACUGUGCUAAUUGUGUAAUUUAUUUCAGACCUGCAAUAAUUAAUUCAAACAAAUCAAUAAAAAACACCAAAAGCAUAACAAGAAAAUACUUAUAACAUCACAAGUAACACUGGCUUCUUUAAAAUUCAGAGGUUCCUGUGCUCCACAAACAUCACAGAGUUCCUUAUACCAUGUUUUACGUGACAUGACAUCAGCAGGUUUCAUGAAGCAGGUCUGUCAGACCAGGCAGAGUGUGGUUACCAGGUAUAAUGGAGUGCUUUAUGGUCCAGCGGGAGGCCAUAUACGCAGCAGGAACAUACAUGUUAUGUAAAAGCCGAGGUGAAGGUGUUGUUUUAACCCACAGCAAGAGCUAACAGUCUGAGCUACAGGCCGGCCAAAGUCACACCACUGUGGUGCAGAUGAACCCACUGACCUGCAACACACUGACACACUCUUUCUCUGUAGUUUCCUGUGUGUCACUUAGUCACCCUCACUUCUGCUUUUUCUGUAUAUACUUUUUCCAGCAUUGAUGUGUGUCUCUUUGCCUGUAUUUAUGCUCCUCUGUUUACUGCAAACAUAUACUGCAAUCUGUUCCAGUGCUCACCAUACCUGCAGCCCUUAACCAUCAGCUAAACUUACAUCUAACCAUAAACCCAAGGUUUGUUUAUGUGCCUCUUAUGAAGCAUGUCCUUGUUGACCAGAGAUUAGAAAUUGAGAUAAAUGAAACAAAUUUAUUAUAUUAAACAUUGUAACCACUAGUAUGCUUGAAGCUUAAGCACACUUUAAAGCCAAGCAUCUUUUACUAGAUCUUUAAAUCCUUACAAUUAUGAAAUUUUAGCUUUAUCUUAGCUGAGCACAGCAGCUUCCUGGGGUCUAAUCUUCGCAUUAACGUUUUGAGUGGACAGAGUGUCAGGGUAAUGUUGGGUUGGUAAUUUAUUUGUUUUCAGUGGAAGUAUGCUCUCUCUCACUCAGCAGCUGGAAACACUUGGAAAAUGUAUCCCAGUGUAAAUUAUACGUCACAAAACCAAACUUGUGAGCUGAAUAAGAAACAGAGACAUGUUUAUCACCAAGGAGGUUUCACAUAAAAAGAACUUGUGUUGAUAAUUUUGUCUUUGGCCAUAAAUAGCAUGUACAGAAAAAGAAAAAAAACAGACAGUAUUGACAGACUUUUAUCAAAAUUUAUAAAAAUGGAGUCUACAAAUUAUUCUAAAAAGAAAGCACAGUCUAUCUGUUCAUACAGUGAAAUGAAAAAGCUUUAAAGUUUUAUGGGUGUGUGCAAAGUUUAUCGUGCGAAAUACAGAGGGAAUGUGUAAUGUACCGAUUUGAUAAUCACACGUGCUUUAAUGCAGCACAUCACACUCAGAUGGGGAGUCUCAACGUAUUGCCAAAAUGGUAUAGCACUGAGAGGAAGUGAGGACAACACGAGAGUCAGAGGAGAAAAAUCUACCAGUGAUUAUAAAGCACUUCUUUACAGUACUGAUGUGUGCGGUGGAGGUUUAAAAGCUUCCUUAUACUGCCCUUAAGGUACAAGUAUUUUGGGUCUGAUAGUGAAAAGCAUGUUUUAGCAGGUACUAUGAUUUCUCGAGGCUUUCUAACUUUCUAACCAUGAAUCUCCUGCAAGGUGACAGUUUACAUUUGUGCAUAGAGAAAGGAAAAGUUAUGGAUUUAACAAUGAUGUUUUUUUUUUUAUGCCAAAAAAAUAGCUCUAUGAAUAAAUACAAACACAGACACUGUCUUUGUAACACUCUACUUUGUGUGCAUUUCCGGUCUUGCAGGUGCUGCAGGAGGAAAUGGGCAUCGCCAAGUCCUACAACCUGAAGCCUGGAGGAGAUAAAAUCCCUGUCACCAAGCAGAACAGGAAGGGUGAGUCCAGGCUCAGAGGCAGAACAGGGACUUCAUAUUUCAGCAGUGAAUGACCUCUGUGCUGUUCACUGUGAGUCAAGAAAUGUGCUCUGUGACACAGACCACCUUUAUACCUGUGCUAACCUGCUUCCUGCUGGUUUAUGAGACUCCAGUAUGCAUAAAUACGAAAGUUGCAUAAAAUCCAGGAAGAGGAGCAUGGUCAAAUGUAAAAUCAGAUAUUUACUUUCUUUUGUCAUUAAUCACUCAGUAAUUUAAAAAGUGUUUCAUGUUGUUCUUUUUUUUUUGUCAAAUUCCUUUUAUUUUAAGACUUAAAACCCUGACCUCAGCAGGACAACAUUAUAGAUUUGACAGCAGACUUUAAAGGGAAAAUUUUAGUAAUACGCUGUGAGGUCACAACUGACGAAAACUCAGAUAACUGUGACUUUUUUAUGACUCACACAGUCUUUUCUUGGCAGUUUAUCUAUUUGAGGGCUCAAAGAUCUGUUUAUUUAGAAUUUUCACCUGAAGCAAAAGCUACAGUCACUCUAGUGCAACACUAAACAGUGAGCUUAUGAAGCAAUCUGAUCAUUUCAGCCUAUUAUACUGAAACUCUUAAAUACAUCACAACACCUCCCCAAGUUUAACAUAAUUCUGCAGCUUUAAGAAGAAUAAACUAUUAUACAGUGUCCAUCGAUGACCAUGUUUGAUUUGCCUUUGUAUGAAGAUUUUAAAAGUUAAUAAAAACCUUGAUACAGUGGCGUAGAAAAACCAAUAACCUCUACCAUUUUGGGAUAUGGCAAAUACAAAAACAUAAGCUUUAAAAUCAACUCGCUACCAACAGAGAGACCUGCUGCAGCUCAAAAGCUUCUUUGUUCCAUUUCAAUGGAUGAAGUUAAGAUUUAUUUCUCUUAUUAAAACUCAUUUUCCAUCCAGCAGCUCUUAGCUCCGGCUCCCUGUUUCUUUCCCCCUGUGCGCCCAAUAGAAGAGCCAACAGUGGAGGGGAAAAUGGUAAACGUUUGUAAUGGAAACAAGAAAAUAUCACACUGUUCUGUUCCUCUCCUCUCUCCACAGAGUACGUCCAGCUCUACGUAGACUUUCUGCUGAAUAAAUCCAUUUACAAACAGUUUGCUGCCUUCUACCACGGCUUCCACAGUGUGUGUGCCUCUGAUGCUCUCAUGGUGAGUCCGCAGUAAGUGUGUGAGUGUACAUGUGUGUGUGAAUCUUACAUGAAGGCUUAAAAAGACUAAAUGGUGAGUUGGAUCUGCUGCCUGUGAUACAAUGUCAGUGGUACAUUCUUUCAAGGUCAAAGGAAUCACAUAUAUUACAGUUGACAAACAUACAGCACAGUACAUGCAACAGGACAUACAUAUAAAGUGACAACAGUGCUUGGGGGUAAGAGAUUAAAAUGAAUCAAAUAAGAAAGAAUAAAACCCAGUAAAACGGAAUAAAAACAAACAUCUCUCAAGGUUUCUUCCCUGUGUUAAUGUUCCUGAUGGCUGAUGGAAUAAAACUAUUUUGUACCGCUUGGUUUUACAGGCUGGUACCUUGAGCCUCCUGCCUGAUGGGAGCAGCUUGAACUCAGCAUUGAGAGACUGGGAGCCAUCAUUUAAGAUGGAGCCAGCCAUCCUCUGUAACUGCUUAGUGGACAGGGACAGUGGGCAGAGCUGGGCCUCUCCAAUCAGCCUGCUCGCCCAUUUCACUAUUUGGUUAAGACAGUUUUUGUUUAUAAGGGACAAAGUCCUCCAGUCCUUCCAUAUCAGAAACCAAAUAAGAUGGAAAACCUGUGUACUUUACUAUUUUCUAAAGAAUUAAGAGUUUUAAAGUUUUAAAGAGGUUUUAAGUUGUGUAAAUGUGUGAAUAUUCGUAAUAACUGUGAUAUCAGUAUCAGUCAAAAUAAUCAUGAUUAGGAUUUUUGCCGUAAUUGCAGCCCAACUUUUUGAGUACUUUACAUUUCUGUCAUCUUAACUUCAUUUAGCCUAAAGCCUUACAUUUACUGUUGCUACAACUGCAUUUGUUUUGCUUAUUUCCGCAAACACAACAGUUCAAAGAGUGCAUAUUCAGCUGUCCCCAAGGUUCCCUUCACACAACAAGAUACCUGAAUCUCAACACUGAGCAUGUGUAACAAAUGUGGUUUUAAAAUUGGGCCAUCAGUCCUGUAGUGUGCACUCCACUUUAAAUGGUUCAAAUUAAAGGCUGAAAAGAAGUGUUUAUCUUUAGUGUUUUUGUUUUGAUCAUCUCUUUCACUGCUUUUCCCCAAAAUUAACAAUAUAUCAGAUUCAAGAUUUUCAAUUUUAUCAACCAUUGAUUUAAAAACUGUACAACAUUAAGCAUUGAGCAAAGGCUGAAUGCACUCAGAGGAGGUCAGAUCCUAUAUAGUUCAACAGUUCAUCAGUGGCUUGUUACCAGGUAUACAUUUCCUGGAACAUCUGAAUCAUGCAGAUAUCAGUGAAAGCAUCCUUUCCUGGCAAGAACUGUGGUAUAAAUAGCUCCUCUUUACGUUGAUCACUAUUUUGUUGGAUUUGGGAGUGUAGGAUGUUUAACUUAGCCCAUGAGGGAGGAGAAGAAGGAGAAAUCAAACAAAGACAUUUGCCUGAAAAUGGAGUUCAGGCAGUAUAUCAUGUUUGCCCUCUUCCUUCAUCAAAUGUUAGCUUUCGGUGAUAAAAAGCUGCUGACUGAAAUCGGAUGGUGUUGUUGUUUGUUGGGGCCCCAGAGAGGGUCAAAGGCCCCAGAGAAACCCAGCUAGAAAGUCCAAAACAUGCACCCAACCUGUGAACAUAUAUGUUGUUUCCACCUUAAUUUAAAGUCUUUAAUACACUUAAGCUUUGUGUCACCUGUGUUUCCCUGCCGUGUUUUUAUUAAAAGCUUUAGGUUGCCAUAAAGGCUACCAAAAAGAGAAAGAAUAGUGAACAGUGAAAUAUUUGCAUACAAAGGGGCUUGUUUUAAAAUCAGUUAAAUCUGAAUGUCGUCUAGCCUUCGUCUGCAGGUAACAAUAAUUCAGUCAUCUGGCAGGCGUGGCGUAUCAGGCGGAACAAUCAACAUCUUUAUUACUCAGCAGGUGUGUCUUGGGCUAGUCCUGUCUAAAGGUCACUCAGAAAUAUGACGUUAUAUGAGAGAUAUGUUUAUCACGCACUGGUCCAUAAGUCUAAUUAAUACUUGAUACUAAAGGAGCCUUACACAGUAAGCAAUGAUUGACAGAAAAUGUGAACAUGACUGUUGAAAACAUGAGUACUUCUUCUUCUUCUGCUCUGAUGCCAUAUCUUCUGAUUAGAUGUUUGUAGAUCCCCAAGUAUUCAGUUAUUUAGUUUUGUUUUUCAGACUUAAUCCCAGAGAUUUCUCUUAGUUUAGACAUUUCUAAAAAUACCCCUGACACUGUGUCCGUUUCAAAGCAAGAGCCCAUGACACACUUCUGCAUGUUAAUGUUUGACCUUUCACCCCUGCUGUCUCAAGUUCAGGGUCAAGAAGGCAGUUAAGUCCACAGUGAACUUCACAGGAAUGUGUUUUCUGAAGUGUUUAGUUGAGAGUCCCUCCUCUGCAGCUCAAUGGAAUAACUGUGUGUAAAAGUCAGCUGAUAAGACAGUCAGACGGACAAUUUGACCUUAUCAGUUCAGAGGCUGGAUCUGGGUCAGAGAGGAAGACAGGCUGAUCCAAAAUAUGAAGACUGAUAGAGGGAGGACACAUCCCAGCUGUGUGGAGGAUAACUAAUACCUGAACUAUGUUUACUUGUCUGCUUGGAUCUGCCGCCUCCCUUUCAGGACUCUCAAGAUUUUUAACUAGGUCCUCAUUUAAAGUCAGUUAUCUGGAAUAAACAUCUAGUCACUAUCAGAAAUCUUUUUUUUUUCCCCUAUAGAUAUUGAAUUGAAGGUUAAUGAUUAGUUUAAGGUCAAAAGAUGAAUUCAAAGUUUUUCACGUAUGUCCGAAAAGAACUAGAAUCACAUGGCGGCCAUUGUACUGAAAGGUCACUCUCUCAGUCAGUACGUUUACAUGACACUAGAAAACCGAAUUGUUGCCUUACUCUGAUUAAGACCAGACAACUGAAGUGCAUGUAAACACCUUAGUCCAACUAUAAUCAGAGUUUGAGAACUCUGAUUGGAGUUGGAGAACUCCAAUUAAGACACCCAAAUAAUGCCAUUGUUAUUUGAUUUUCUCUACCAUGUAACCAGUGUAGUUGGAGUAUGAUUGGACAGUGCGUGUGCACGUGCGCUGCACCCCUGGAACCCCAGAACAAAAACACCAGAGAAGAAGAGUAGUAAUUUGGACUUCAAUUACAUUUUAAAAUUGUUAAGCGUGUUUGUGCUGACAGCCCCUGUAGUUAUUAUUUGUUAUAAGACUUACAGUGAUAGGUCUUGUUUUUUUAAAUGAACAACAAACCAGGUAUGGAUUUUUUAAUUAGGAGUAUGGAUAGGAGAAAUAAUGAAAAGCUUUUUUUAUUAUUAAUGUGAAUUUAUCUUUGUACUCUUGAUAUUUAUCAAUAUUUUUGGUAAACUGUGUGUGUGUAAAGAGUUGAAAGUGACCAUUUUUGCAUGUGGGCUGGCUAGAUCAAUUUUGAUGUCAAUUGGUAACCAAACUUUUUUUUUUUUUUUGAAACACCUCACUAUCUUGUCGAUGUGCUCAGAUGUACAAUUUCACAAACUAUAAAAGAAUAUGGAAAACAUUUCUUACACUUCAACAGUUUUAUUCUGCAGAGCUCUCAGUCGGUCUCUCCUUUGACUGCUUCAGUCACGUCAACAGUGUGUGACGAUCAGGAUGUGAUCAGAGAGGCCUGGGUGUAUGUACGUGUGUGUGGUUUGGUGGUGUCGUCUUUUUCAACAUGGGUAUGUGUGUUUAGGUUGUGAAACACAGGUUAGAGUUUUUGGUUCUGAGUUCAUUUGAGUGUCAGACUUUGGUGUUAGGGUCCUUUUUUCUUUUUUUUCUUUUUAAUGCGUCAAACAGGAUGUUUCAAACACUUAUAUAAUCUUCUGUUAUGAUUCAUGGACUGACCCACAUAUGUAACCUGCUGAGCUCUACUUCUACUGUCUAACCCUGACACAUUGUGGUUAGUGACUUUCUCAUGGUUAUAAACAGGAAACAGGGACUUUCAAGCAGACUGACAUACUUUUUUUUUAUCAGCUGCUGUAAUGAGUCUGAACUUCCUCUUUCUUCUCUUAGUUUACUGGUUGUGUUGCUCUUGCAGAAUGCUCUUACACCAAUGAAGCAGAGGAUAUGAGUGUUGCAGCUGACGGCUGUUGCGUUUUAAUGGAAAUGACUCUGAGAGGCAUAUAUUGCAUGUAUGGGAUCGUCGUAAUGCUUCACAGUGCAACCUGGAGCCUGACAAUUGCUGUACCAGAGUUAGAAGCAUGACCUGCUGGUUUCCAGCCACAGAUUACUGAGGAACUGUAAUUCUGAGAAGCACAUCUAUGUAUAGUUGGUGAAUCUCGGUCCAACACAGAAGUAUUUGGCUUACCUCCAUGUGGGAUGUCCAGAAAAUUAUGCAUCAAUGAAAUCUUUCUCCAAAUAUGUGUCAAGAUGAAUUUUACUUAAGAAAACAUCAUUGUGUGGAAGUUCAUUAGAAGACUUUCUAAUAGAACUAUAUCUAUUUUUACUUUAUUACUGCAUUUAAUGUUGUCUUGCGUUGUUCUGCAGUCUUAAUUGUUGUUUUCAGUUAUUUUCCUAUACAUGCACAUUUGAAACAGAAAAUCUAAUCCCCAAAAACUACAUGUGCACAAAGGUUCUGUGUUAUGCACAAACAAUUAAGAGUGAAGAUACAAUCUUUUCUGGUGUUUGCAGUUGUUGCGGCCAGAGGAGGUUGAGAUGCUGGUGUGCGGGAGUCCUGAGCUGGACAUGAGUGCUCUGCAGAAAGCUGCUCAGUAUGAAGGAUACAGCAAGACCGACACCACCGUACGGUAGGACUGUUGACUGACACUUACCUGCAAGUCUGCUCCACAUGUAACAAAAUCUUCACCUCUAGUCUAGUUGAACUUUUUUUUUUUUUUUUGAAGAAAGUCUGCUUUCAAAUAUUCAUGUUGAAAGUAUAAACAGUCAGAAAGUCAAGAUAUGAAGACUUGCCUCUUAACAAAAUGAGGUUUGUUCUGUCUCAGUUUUUUUAUUUUGUGAUAGUUGACAAAUGGUUUGCAGCAUUUUUAAACUGCACACAGGCAAGGCAGUAACAGGAAGGAGCCCUCUGUCUCUCUCUCUUCCUCUCUUUCACACAGACACACACACAUACACAUACACAUACACACAUACACACACACGCACACACAUAAACACAGAUGUCCUUCAGUCCUUUUGUUUCUCACAGAAAAACCAGCCAAUACUUGUCAGGCACAGAUAAUGUAACCCAGCACUGUGCUGACAGCUCACAACAGACAGCUGCAGGCCAGUUACACAACAUCAAAACUGUCUGUCUGACAAUCACCUGAUUGUUUCUCAAUCAAGGAUUUUACUAAAUAAAGCAAACAUUCAGGUUAUGAUUUUUUUUUCUGUUAUAUUAUAAGCAUUAGUUAUCUUAGGUAGGGCAUGAAAAAUACAUCUUUUACAACCAUGAUAGAUUUAAAAAAAAAAAGCUAAAAGCUUCAAAUCUUUGGCAAAAGUUGACCCAUUAUUCUCAUCCAGUGCUAUGAGCUGAUUUUUCUGCGAUGUAUCUGUGUUUGAUUAGUUUUUUUGUUUUGCACUAGGUGUUUCUGGGAUGUUGUGUUGGCCUUCCCUCUAGAGCUGCAGAAAAAGCUCCUCCACUUUGCCACAGGAAGUGACCGUGUUCCUGUUGGGGGAAUGGCUGACCUCAACUUCAAGAUCUCUAAAAUCGAUGUUCCAACUGACUGGUAAGUUCAAAUAAAUGGCCCAAAACAUAUGAGGAAUGGAGCACGGCUUGUCAAAAGAAACACCUCUUAUAACAUUUAGUAUCUCCUGCAAUGUUUGACAUCAACCAUCACUGAUUGAACAAAUCGUCUACCUCCUUAGUCGCUGACUGGAUUGUCUGUGUUUGAGCCUGCCAACAAACUGUAUGUGAGGUAUUACCAUUAGAAAUGUCACUUGUAUUGUCUGUACUGAAGUGACUUUAUUUUAAAGGUGAAGUAGCUCUCAACCACAGGAGACACCACAAACUGAGCUUCAACAACAAAACCCUUGAAACUCUUUAUGUGAAAGAAGAAAGAUAAAUAUUUAUAAAUUUAUACACAGUGAUAGCCUAAGCUGGAUGACUGGACGAGCAUGCAAACAAAACAAACUUUUAUUUUCCAUCUUUGAAACUGGAAAGAAACCUGCACUCUGACAUUUGCAGAGUCGGCCUACUUAGACUUCAACAAGAUGAGACUGAUGGUAGAUUAUUACAGUUACACAGGCUUCCAUCUCCUCAUUAGUUCACAAGUUGCAAUGAUACACUAGAUCAGGGGUUCUCAACCUUUUGCGAGCUGGGCUCCCCCAAAGGUGGUUCAAUGCAGUUGAUAAUAAUAAUAAUAAUAAUAAUAAUAAUAAUAAUGAUAACUAUUAUUAUUAUUGUUAUUAUUAUUAUUAUUGUAUUGUCAUCAUCAUCAUUAUUGUUAUUAUUAUUAUUAUUAUUAUUGAUGCUCUGGCAGCACUCACAACUUAAAAUUUUGAGUGUUACUCACUGAUACUCAGUAUUUCUACAUAGGCAAGUUGUCUGACUGCACUUCUGCACCCUGGCUGUAUGUCUGUUUUUCUUUGCUCUCUGUGCUAAAUAUUUGCUUCUACAUCAGCCUUUUUACAUUGACAAAGGAAACAUAAUGUAGAGGAAUCUGUCCUGGAGUGAGCUGCAGCUUGAAUCUGUAAAUUCUGUGAUACCGAUUGCGGCCGUGCUCCAAAAGUUAAAUCAUCUCAAACUCUAUGCACUCAGAGUCCUGCAACAAGAAACAGCAGUUAAUUGCACUGGUGCUAUGUAAAAAUGCCAUCAGCGGACACGGGCUCUUAAUAUGUUCAGGGUUUGCUGUGUCAUUUAGUAUGUUUCCAUAAUGCUUUUAUGUGAUAUGUUAACAUGUUAUAUUAAAGUGAUUUUGCAUUUACUUGACCAAAAUGUUGCAAGACUUUUCAAAGUGAUGUUUUACUAUCCAUAAUCAUUCCUCUCUCCUUGUUUGUCCCUGCAGGCUGCCGAUUUCUCACACCUGUUUCAAUCAGAUCUGUUUGCCACCCUAUCGAACCAGGAAGGAGCUCAAGCACAAACUUACCAUCGCAAUCUCAAACGCCGAGGGCUUCGGCCUUGAGUGACAGGAAGGAACACAAUCCGUCAGCGAUACUAGCCGCAUGAUCUCCACAAAAAAAGCACCUUAUGUCUCUCUGUGAUGGUGGAUCGGACUGUAAUGGGAUCAGAUUUCUCAUGGAGUGCUCUGUAAUGUCAGACAAUUAUGGACUGUAAUGCAAGUUUGUCAGACAUGACUUAGUUUGUCUUUGUUGGCGUCUUUCUCCUGCUUCACAGCUACACAGGAAAUCCUUAAAGAUAUUAAUGCCAUUAAAAGUUACAAAGAAAGAUCAUUGUGAAAAUGGUAAAUCAGAGCCUCAGUUGUAACAAUAUGCCUGGUUAGAAUUCACUGAAAAUACUGCAAACCAUACGCCACCAAAAAGAAAUAAUACAUUAUUUUCAAUAGGAUCGUGGUUUGUUCAGGCUAUUCUUAUCAGUUUGACUAUUUAUUAUUCAGAAAACCAGAUUAUAGCCACCAGGAUGCAUGAGAGUAAAUUAGGAGUUUGCCUACAUUAGUCAAGUCUAAUUUACAUUUUCAGGACUUGUCUCCUAUGAGUUUUAGCUGACCACCUAGAAUAAAACUGUCAUGUCCAAAAUGUGUUAGAAUUUCCAAAGACUCACACAAAGUCACAACUGAAUGGAACAUUUUUUUUUGGACAGAAAAAAAAAUCUAUAUAACUUGGAAACAAAAAGUGUGAAGUAAUCUCAUGAGAACAACGACAGCACAACAUGACAGUAAAAAAGCAGGGAAAAGAUUACUAAGAACAUUUUAUUAAGUUGUAUAAAUCUAAUAUUUUAUGUAUUUUUUCUCUCUGACUUCAAUGCUUUUGUGACUUUUGGGUAUAUUUUUUAUAAAGGCAUAGGAAAUGUGUUUUAUAUCGUUUUGCUUUGUUUGCAGCACACUGUUGGGAUGUAAAGCUUUGCUGGGAGAAGUUUGCUUUUGUGUAUUCUGAGUUAGAGAGCGUCUUUUGGGGUGUUUGAUGUUGCUUUUUGACAUUGCUUCCUGUUUUGGUUUUAACAGAAGGCUGCAGCAGAAAGGCUUUUAAUGUUGUGAUAUUGUUGUAACAGGUUGGAACAGAGCUGUAAUUUCUCAGUUCAGUGUAUUUUUUUGGUUUUCUUGUGUUGUUAAAAAGGAACAUGGCUGCCCUCAGGCUUGGAGAUGACCACCAAUGCAGCCAGAAGUUUGUAGAUGUUGACUGUAAGUUGAGUAAUGAAUUGUCAGACUGGUCGCUUGCGUAUGGAUGGAGUGUGGGAAUUUAAUUUUGUAUCAUGAGCUCAAAGCAUUUUAAAUUAAGCACCUGUUGGAUUCACUGCUAAUACAUUUUGCCAUUGCAAAUAUCUUUGAAAAACAAAUCUACCUUAUGUCUAAAAAUACCACAUUUUCUACCUUUCCAUUGCUACAAAAGACUUUCUUCUAGCGUCCACUCCUAACAGUGAUAAGAUAGAAACCUUAAUGUAGCCAUACUGACUGAAUUUUAAUGUUUAUGAAAACAUGGCAACUCUCAAUCUUCAGAUCUGUAAUGCAGACAUCUUUAGCCUCUUUUUACAUGGACUGUGUAUGUGUAAGUGUUUUGUCUCUCAGUUUUGAGUUUCAUCUUCCUUCAAGAUGUUUUCCUACCAUUAAGAUUCAAUAAACACGGAUCUUUAUGGGCAAAAUCCUCUGGCUCUAGUUCUUCAAAAGGGAGCAUUUUAGCAAGCUCAACAUACCAAAGUAUCUUUUGGUUAUCUGGCCUCACUAACCCUGACAGAGUAGACGGUGCUAAAGCCAGUUAUCAACCUGAUAACUAGCAGUGGGUACAUUCACAUGAACAGGGAGGUGGAAGCAACAUCUGACUAAUCACAAACAUGAGCAAGUCAACCAUUAGAUUAUAGGAUAGGUUGAUAGCAUGUUACUAUGGCGAUCAACCCAGCUAAUAAGUAGACCACUUUCAUAGAACUGAGUACCAGUGAAUUAAUAAGUGCAAACCCCACUUUGCUGUUUACCUUCCAGGUUACUGGUGUAAUAUGUACUGUUGAAUUAUUUCCAUUGAAAAUCCAACAAUAAACAAAGAACAUCAGUCGUGACACUUCCAUUCAGACCUCACCCUUAUUUUCGACCAUGAAUCACUUUAACUGUGGUGACAGAUGUCAUGAUUCAGUGACCUGUUGAGGUUUGACAGUUGCAUCAGUUGCUGAUUAACUACAGUAUCUUGAAUGAAGGUUUGGUUUUGACCUAGUUUAAGGUAUGAUGAAUACUAAACCCACCGUUCUGUGUAAGUUUCAAUCUUGAAUCGACCUUGAAUCGACAGAAUUGAUUUCUUAAUUCAGUGUAAACAUGCAGCAAAAGGAAACAAGAGAAAGACAACCAUGAUCUGGGUAUAAAACAUCAAGCUAAAACAUACGUAAAGCUGUACAGAAGCUCUGGAUGUGAUCAAGAAGAAAAGCAAAGAAGGAAGGAUGUGACAAGUGAUUGAACCCCCCUUAGUAUGUUAUUUGUGACAUGAUCUCAGCACUGGUUGGCGCUCUGAUUUGAGCCUGAAGCUAGCCUAUAAGCAGCAGGUUUGACCCCUUACCAUGACCCUUUGCUGGAUUCCACCCCCUUUCUCUGCUCUCACACUUCCCACCCCUUUUCAGCUGUUUUCUCUACUAGAAGCCAGAAAGUCAGGAAAAAAUAACAGGAGACCUAUGAUACUGAUUAAUAAUCUAAUUCAUUUAUAAAACUGUGUCACUGUCAAAUGGCAAACUCAUAAAACAGUGUCAAAUGUCCAUACUAAACCUCAGCAAAGUUUCCUACCAUGGGAUACACAGAUAAUGGCGUAACCCUGGACUUGUUUUCCAGCUUCUCUAAAUUGCUGGUUUUGAAACAUGGAUGACACAGAAGCUUAUAUGCCGUUGAAAUUAUUAUUUUUUUUAGAUGCAAAUAAUGUAAUUUCAAUUUGUGGCUCUUCUUCACAACUUAAAAAUGAAGAAUCCCAAUGUGUAAAUCAUUUAACAGAGUGAAAAUCUGUUUAAAGAGUGCCUUUUUAAUCAGUAACAUCUUCCACAGUCGGUUAGAAAAUUGCAUAAUACGGCAGCCUUGAUUUAUGCGUCACAAUUACUGGUGGCAGUAGCGUCCAAAACACUCUGGUAUGGCUUUCAUGCUGCAACUGGUCUAGAGCUAACACUUUGCAAUCUCUUAUGUAAGGUUUCCAUGGCGAGACAUCUUAGGCCCCAAAGACGAAUUGGCAGGAAACCCAGGAGUUUCCAAGCAACAGUGAAGUGGCUUGUGUGGUAGAGCCUUCCAAACCCACAUGAGUCUUAUCUGGGUCAGUUAUUCAGUGGGUCUCCCCGGGCGUCUAUAGGGUCUGAAAGAGAUCCUUAUUCCACAAUGGGUCUUUUUUUUUAACAUCUACGGACAAGUCCAGAGCAGCAGUGGGAGCCAAAGCGGGGAGCUUCUCCAAGCAUCUGAUUAAAAAAGGACUUCAUGCCAAGUUCAUCAAGCUGCUGACUCAAAAAAUGUCUGCAAUCUUGGUCUGCAUACAAAGGGGACAGGAAGUGAGAAAUGUUGCAGGAGGAACUUUUAAAAAACAAGAUAGCAAGAUCUUUGAAAAGUUAAAUGGUAAGACGCUAAUCAAACCCAUGUCACUUUUAUGUGAACAGACAUGACCCAUGUCAGCUUAUACAGUGGGGUAGCAGCAAAACAAUCUCAUACUGAAUUUCUCAAAAGGAUUUUAACCUUUUUCAUCUGUUUGAAUGUCACGUUUGAAUUAAAGGCACGUGUUUGGAUCAAGUUCAAAAGUUCCAAGUGGUCAUUUUUUUUUGUUUUUUUUUUAAUUGAUGAACAGAUAAUAACCUUCACUAUCUUUGCUUUCUGUCCAAUCUUUUGAACACUUUGUUCAGUUGGGUAAGUUUCUCCUGAGUGAAUGACCGUGUGUGACCCAUUUCUCCAUUUCUGUUAACAUGUUUUGCUUCUAUCUUGUCCAGGUCUUAUAUAAUACUGUAUAUGUAUUGCAGUAUUCCCAAAAGUACACAGUAAAGGUGGACAAAGGGUCAGCUGUUUCCAGAUAAAGUGGUAGACUCUGUGCUUUCUCAGGGUCCACCUUGAUACAUAUUCGUGCCCAUCUUCACAUUCACAAUAAAGGCUCCAUAAGAGUCAUAGACCUCUGCUGUCAGUGAGCACUUGCAUGGCUAUGGCUUUAUAAAAAUGCUGUAGUCACUUUGAAUCUAAGAUUAACUGUUAUGAAAAGGCUGUAUAUAUAAAUAUUCUGUUAACAGUAAUGAAUAAAAUAUUCAAGUUUGAUUUUCUUGAGUAGAUAUGGGAAACUCCAGUGAACAUAUUUCAGAAAUCUUACAGAUCAUGAAACAUGAGAGGGCUCUCAUCAUUUCAUCGCAAAAGCAAGUGCAACUCUCUGCCAGGCAAGGUUCUACAUGUAUUUGAAAACUUUCUUUUGUUUGGAUAACAUCGAACACUGUAGGCACAAAUUUUGUCCACAAAAAAGGCAGAAGGCACUUCUGACAAACUACAGGGAGCCUGCUUUUCUAGCAAAGUAUUUGGUCUAUGGUGAGCAGAUUCCAGCGCUCAUAAGCAAGCUAAUUAUGAUACUAGCUUUCAUCAUGCCCUCUAAAAAAAUUUGUGUCUGAGAGCUGAAUAGCUCCUAUUUAAGCUGCUACUUCUACAACACAGGCACACAGGUAUUGUAAUUUUGGCUACAAACUUCAUAAUCACAAUUUAAGGACAACUGACAACAUUUAAAGUAGAAAAAGAAUAAAAUAAACAAUCGGUGUCGGACUUUAAGAAUCAAUACAUGACUUGAUGUCAGGAGUGAUCUUCUGUCCACAAACGCUGAAGAUUAGAUAUUAAAUACAUAUGAUUAUCAUAUAUGUUGGUAAUAAAAAGGAAAGCUGACCUGAUCAUUAUACAAAAAAAUAAAAAAAUAAAAAUCUGUCUGUUGUCUGUUUGUAGACCUGUUUUUGUUUUUACAUGUUUCAAAAUAGACAAUUUCAUUUAAUUUCAAUUAAAUUAGCAGUUUGCUCCUAUAGACUAUAAAGCUGGUGGGUUCAAAAACCUGUGUUGAAGGCAUAGGCCAUAUCAGGCCUUCAAACUUGUUAAUUAGAAUCAAAUUUAAUUUAGAAAUGAAAGUGCAAACAUUAUUUCUUCCUGGAAGAUGUAAGGUGAAACAUGACAUUUGAAGUAGAUAUUUAACAAACGUCUUAAGCUAGCCUGUUUGAUUCCUUUGUAAAUGUUGACUCUGUAUCUCAGUGUGCACAGUGUUGUUGGCUCCAGAUGGAGAUUAUGCAUAUUCUUCAAGUCAUUCACUGGCUCUCACCAUCAGUCUAUAGGGUCUGAAAGAGAUCCUUGUUCCACAAUGGGUCUUUUUCAUCAUUUAUGGACAAGUCCAGAGCAGCUCCUCCGAGCAUCUGAUUAAAAUACGAUUUCAUGCCAA